AUGCAGCAAAAUGAGCAAAUUCCUCCACCAAUUCCACCAUCAGCAAUUCCACCACAACCACCACCACCAGUUGCUCAAAUUGCUCCACCCCCAGGUCCCCGACCUCUUCCCUUGAUAACUCAGGACCUCGAAAAUCGCAUUCUCAGCCUCAACGAUUCACAAAUCCGCGAUGACGUCAAACUAAAAACACUGCAGGAAAUUUGGCAACAAAUCGAGCAGGUUUUCAAUUCGAGCACCUACGAAAAAGUGAUCGAUAAAUUAAUGAGCGUAUUUUUGAACCUCUUCUGCAACACUUCUCCACAAUUCAUCACCGAAAACAAUACCCAACAACUCAGAAAACUGAUUUUAGAGAUAAUUUUGAGGAUUUCAAGCAUUGAAGCCGUCAAACAACACUCAAAAGAAGUCAUGAAACAAAUGAUGCGACUAAUUUCAGUGGAAAAUGAGGAUAAUGCAAUUUUAGCCAUCAAAAUUAUCAUAGAUUUGGGAAGGAAUAAUGGAAGAAUGACUUAUUCACAUGAAGUUUCGAGUUUGAUGUCGACUUUCAAGAAAAUGAUUCAGGAAUUGACACAACAUUCAAUUAAUAGUGAUAUGUUUAUUACACGCGAGGUUUCACGACAGUUCACCAAUUGUAGUGAUGAACAGUUGAUUUUUGAGUAUUUGAAGACUUGUUUUCAUCCGCAGACUGUUACUUUGAAUGGGAAAGAUGAUAAGGUAAGAGUUUGGCUGAAAAUUGGUUGAAAAUCGUGGGAAAACAUGAUUUUUGACGUUUUCGGACCUGAAAUUGAUGAUUUUCAGGCUGAAAAUUGGCUGAAAAUCAUGAUUUUCCACCUAGAAAACAUGAUUUUUGACGUUUUCGGACCUGAAAUUGAUGAUUUUCAGGCUGAAAACUAAGCGUUACUAGCUGAAAAUUGGCUGAAAAUCAUGAGAAAACUUGUUUUCUGACAAUUUUCAGACCUAUAAUUUGCUGAAAAUUAUAGUUUUUGACCUAGAAAUUGAUGAUUUUCAGGCUGAAAACCAUGAUUUUUCACCUAGUAGCUGGAAAUUGGCUGAAAAUCAUGAUUUCUGACCUAGAAAACAUGGUUUUUGACGAUUUUUCAUCUAGAAAUCGCUGAAAAUUAUAGUUUUUCACCUAGAAAUUGUGAUUUUCAGCUGAAAAUAGCUGAAAACUAAAAGUUUCCAGCUGAAAAUUGGCUGAAAAUCAUGAUUUUUGCCCUAGAAAUCAAUAUUUCCCCUCUGAAAAAAAUUCAAUUUUUUUUCCAAAAAAAUAAUAAAUUUCCACGUGAAAACGUGACCUAGAAGAAUUGUUGGCUUUUUUUGCAUUUUCUAAUUUCUUUUUCGAAAUUUGUUGGGAAAAUGUGAGUUUUGGAGCAGAUUUUUGAUGAAAAAUCUGAAUUUAUAGUCUGGAAUCCCAGAUUUUCAGCCUAAAAUCAGAGAAAUUAGUCUGAAAUCAUGUUUUCAACCUAAAAAUCAUUGUUUCCGACCAUUUUUUGAGCUAAAAAUCGCAGAUUUUCACUCCGAAACCUCCAAUUUUCUUUCCAGUACAUUCUAAUCCCCCUGGCUUCACAAUCAGUCAAAUGUCUCCAAGAAAUCCCAAUGCUCGUCGUCUUCUUCUAUCAACAUCUCAAAGUCUCGGUUCAAACAGAAGCUCUGGAUUUCAUGAGACACGGCUUCGAUUUUUUGAAUGUUCAACUUCCGCGCGAAAAUCGAACGAAUGUGAAUCAGGCGUUGGCUGAUGAUUUUUAUGUGGCACAAAGCAAAUUUUUGUCAUUUGUCAAUAUUAUGGGAAAAGUGCCGGCGGUAAGUUUGAAUUUUGAGAAAAUUGGUGAAAAAUGGGGGUUUCUAGUGUAAAAAUCACCAGAAUUGACCUACCAGACCAAAUUAUACCGAUUUCUGACGAAAAUAUCAUCGGAUUUCACCUACCUGAUCAAAAGAAGCACCAUUUUCACCUACUAGACCAAAAUUUACCGAUUUUUGUCGAAAAAAGCACCAAAAUCCACCUACCUACCCCCAAAAUGCCCCAAAUUUCUUGCAGUUUAUGGAAGUCAUAACACAACACGGUAAUUCAUUAGCCAAUGGAGUUUUGCAAUUAUUGGAACAAUGUCCAGCAGAUUUGAUAAGUGCUCGAAAAGAGGUUUUGAUAGCUCUGAAAUAUUUCACAUCUGGAGAUUUGCGGAUGAAUUUCUUUGACAUGUUGCCAAGAUUGAUUUCGGAAACUGCACUUUUGGGAACCGGAUUCACUUCGAUUGACACUUUGAGGUGAGAAAAUUGCGAUUUUUUGAAGAAUUUGGCUGAAAAUGAGCUGAAAUUCGUGAUUUUCAGCCAAUUUUGACCUAAAAAUCACUGAUUUUUCAGAACUUUCAUCUACCAAAUGUUGGCCGAUUUGUUGCAUCAUAUGCGCGGAAAAUUGACGUUUGAAAUGUUAACGCAGUGAGUUUUUUUUUUUUAAUUUGGAGCAUUUUGAGCUCAAAAAUCACCAAUUUCAUGAAAUUUGGAGCAUUUUGAGCCCGGAAAUGCUAUAAUUUAAGCUCCGCCCACUUUUUUGCAAGUUGCGGCGCGGUUUUUGGAGCAUUUUGAGCUGAAAAUGAUCUAGAAACCAUGCCGCAAAUUGCAAAAGUGGGCGUGGCUUAAAACUGAGCAUUUUCAGGUGAAAAUGCUCUAAAAACUAUGCCCUAUUUUGCAAAAAAAGGGGCGGAGCUUAAAAUUUAGCAUUUUCACCUGAAAAUGCUCAAAAAACUAUGCCCUAGUUUGCAAAAGUGGGCGUGGCUUAAAAAUAUUCAAGUUUAGAGUCAAAAUGUUCAGAAAACCAUGCCGCAAAAUUGCAAAAGUGGGCGUGGCUUAAAACUGAGCAUUUUCAGGUGAAAAUGCUCAAAAAAAUAUGCCCUACUUUGCAAAAGUGGGCGGAGCUUGAAUUUAGUCAAAUUUAUAUUCAAAAUGUUCAGAAAACCAUAGUUUUUGGGCUCAAAAUGCUCCAAAAAUCAUGCCGCAUCUUGCAAAAGUGGGCGGAGCCUAAGUUCCCCCAAUUUUUCCCCAAAAAAUCCCGAUUAUUUUCCAGUGUCUCAUUCAUUUUCUGCCGUCAACUCCACGAUUCCUCAACAAAUACCCAAGUUCAAAUAAUGUCAGCCAGAUUACUAAAUUCGGUCACCGAAUCGCUCACCAAAAUGGAGCAGCAAAAUGAGCCAACUCGAGAUUUGCUCUUUGAUAUUCUCGAAGCUCUGGUUGCGAAGCUGAAAGUGUUGGCGAUUUAUCAUAUUCCACUUCUGUUUGAGAAAUGUGAUGAUCCAAAUGUGGAGUAUAUUUAUCAUCCAUCGGAACGAGAUUCGAAAGAAAAUGUGGAAGAGCAAGAAGAAGAAGAAGAGCCGACGCGGAACGCGGAAAUCGAUGCGGAUUUUUCCGCGUCCUCCCGCCUCGCCGAUUCUCCGGAACCUGAAGAUCCACCAUUCUCACCGCCUGUGAAAAGAGCACGAAAAUUAUCGAUUGAUUCGGUUGAGGAGCUGGAAUUGUGCCAGAAACCAACUGGAAUUGCUGAGCCGCUUCCGAGCCCCACGAAAGAGGGAAAGCAGCAUUCACCGGAGGCGAUUUUGAGCGCGUUGUCGGCGGUGAGCAUUUUUGGAGCAUUUUGAGCCCGGAAACUUGAAUUUUUGAGCAUUCUGAGCAUUUGGAGCUAUUUUCUUUGAAAAAUCUAAAUUUUGAGCUCAAAUUCAAGAAUUUUGGAGCAAUUUAAACCUUGAGAUCUGAGGGCUCAAAAUAUGGUUUUCUGGGAGGUUUUGGAGCAUUUUGAGCUCAAAAAUCAUAAAAUUCAAGAUUUUUGAAGCAUUUCGAGCCUGAAUUUGAGAGAUUUGGAGCAUUUUGAGCUCAGAAACCUGAAAAUGUGCUUUCGGAGCAUCUAGAGCUAAAAUUCUAGAAUUUUGGAGCAUUUUGAGCUCAAAAACCAUAAUUUUCAUCAAAUUCGGAGCAUUUUCAGCCUAAAUUCUCUAAAAAUUCAAAUUUUUCACACCUGACUAUAUUUACCCCGAAAAAAAUAGGUUUCAAAAUUUUUUGAAAUUUUAUCGAGAGAAUUUUAUUUAUUGGGAUGAAGUUCAGGAAAUCUAAAUAUAUAUUUUUUCAAUUUGGAGCAUUUUGAGCUGAAAUUCGGGAUUUUGGAGCAUUUUGAGCUCAAAAAUCACGAAUUUCGUGAAAUUUGGAGCAUUUUGAGCUCAGAAAUCACGAAUUUCAAGAAAUUUGGAGCAUUUUGAGCUCAGAAAUCAUGAUUUUCUGAUUACCCCCAAAAACCAUGCCGCAAAAUUGCGAAAUGGGCGGAGCCUAUGCAGCAUUGCUCAUGUUAAGAGCUUUAAUUUGACACCUCACAAGCCUAGGCUCCGCCCACUUUUUUUUUUUUGCAAUUUUGCGGCAUGGUUUUUCAGGCAUUAGGUAACCAGAAAAACCAUGCCGCAAAAUUGCAAAAAGUGGGCGGAGCCUAGGCUCAUUCAGCUUUAAAAUGAAGCGGUUAACAUGAGCAAUACCUGAUUCAGUCUCAAAAUGAUGCUCUUAACAUGAGCAAUGCCUUAUUUGGUAUUAAAUUGAACCCCUCAAAAAACCAUGCCUCAAAAUUGCAAAAAGGGGCGGAGCCUAGGCUUGUGGGGUAUCAAAAUAAUGAUCUUAACAUGAGCAAUCCGAAAAAAUCCCCCAAUUUUGCAGACUAAUUCCCCGCCAGUCAGCAUAACUGAUGCCAAAAAUCUGGUCAAAUACAUUCUGCAAACUUGCAAAUAUGCCACCUUACAACUUCGCGCAACUCGUCCCACAAUUUCAUCAUAUAAUGUGGCAAGAGAGAAGGAUCUGUUUGAACGAUUGCUUAAAUAUGGAACAAUGUGUAUGGAUAUGUACAUUUUGACGAUGAAAAAUAAUCAAUUGUGAGAUUUUUUGGGGCUGAAAAUGGUGAAAAAUCUGAUUUUUGAGCCUAAAUUUGAUGAAAAUUGAGCAAAAAUGACCCAUUUUGACCCAAAAUCUGAAAUUUUCAGCCCGAAAACCUCUGAAAAUCCCCAUUUCCAGGUCAAAAGAGGACAAAGAAACCCUCGAAUCAUUGGCCAAUGUAUUUACAACAAUCGAUCACGGAAUUUUUCGCGAAUUGUUUGACAAAUAUAUGGAUGUGAUUGUCACGAGAAUCUAUAGGUAAGUGGCGUUUUUUUUGGCUGAAAAUUGACUGAAAAUUUGGAAUUUUUGGGUGAAAAUUUAUGAAAAAUGCGAUUUUUUGACCCAAAAUUCGUUUUGUAGAUCAACAGAUUACUGUAGCUGAAAAUCCACGUUUUUUGACACCAAACAAGCCUAGGGUUACUGUAGAUUUGGCGCCAAAAAUUCAAAAUUGAAAAAUUUUGUAGAUCAAAAGAUUACUGUAGCUGAAAAUCCACGUUUUUUGACACCAAACAAGCCUAGGGUUACUGUAGAUUUUGGGGCCAAAAAUCUAAAAUUUAAAAAUUUUGUAGAUCAAAAAAUUACUGUAGCUGAAAUUCCCCAUUUUUUGACACCAAGCAACCCCAGGGUUACUGUAGAUUUUCGGCGCCAAAAUUUUGGAAUUUUUAAAAAGUGUAGAUCAAGGAUUACUGUAGCUGAAAAUCCACGUUUUUUGACACCAAACAAGCCUAGGGUUACUGUAGAAUUUGGGUCCAAAAAUCUAAAAUUUAAAAAUUUUGUGGAUCAAAAGAUUACUGUAGCUGACAAUCCACGUUUUUUGACACCAAACAACCCCAGGGUUACUGUAGAUUUUCGGCGCGAAAAAUUCGAAAUUUUUUUAUUUUCAAUAAUUUUCACGGCUCGUCAAAUCGACCAUUUCUUCACCGCCAGCAUUGAGUCCUGCCACGAAAACUAGGAGUACUGUAGCAAAAAUGGCCAAAAAUAGAUGGAAAUUCAUGAAUUUUAUGAAAUUUUCACACGGGAAGCAUGUUUUUAUGCGGAUUUUUGACUGGAAAUCGUUAAAAACGCCCAGAAUUUGAAUUUUUAUGAUUUCCAGUCAGAAAAUUUGCAUAAAACAUGAUUUUCAGAUGAUAAUUUCAUAAAAAUCAUGAAUUUCCAACUAUUUUUGGCCAUUUUUGCUACAGUAACCUUGGUUUUCGUGGCGGGAUUCGAAUAUGAUCAAAGUGAUGACGAUAUACAACAAAAUGUCUUUUUCUGAAUAAAUUUGUAAUUUUGGCGCGAAAAACUACAGUAACCCUGGCCUUAUUUGGUAUAGAAAAACCUGGAUGUUCAGCUACAGUAAUCUUUUGAUCUAGAAAUUUGAAAAUUCCAAAAGUUUGACACCAAAAACUACAGUAACCCUAGGCUUAUUUGGUGUCAAAAAACUGGAAUAUUCGAAAACUUUUCACAAAAUCAACAUUUCCAGACUGAUUUCUAGCUGAAAAUUCUAAAUAAUUUCCAUUUUCCAAGGCAAAAUUGGACCUUAAGCUGAAAUUCCAGAUUUUUAAUCAAAAAUUCAUUCACAAAUACUUCAUUUUUCUUUUUCUCCACCCAAAAAUUCAUUAGAUUACUGUAGAUUUUGGCGCCAAAACCCCUACACAAAAUUUCAAUCAAUAAUCAUUGAACUAUCCACUAAUUCGCUUUGGUCAUCAUAAUCGAGUCCCGCCACGAAAACUAGGAGUACUGUAGCAAAAAUGGUCAGAAAUAGCUUGAAAUUCAUGAUUUUUAUGAAAUUUUCACACGGGAAGCAUGUUUUUAUGCGGAUUUUCGACUGGAAAUCGUUAAAAACGCCCAGAAUUUGAAUUUUUAUGAUUUCCAGUCAGAAAUUUGCAUAAAACAUGAUUUUCAGAUAAAAAUUUCAUAAAAAUCAUGAAUUUCCAACUAUUUUUGGCCAUUUUCGCUACAGUAAUCCUGGUUUUCGUGGCGGGAUUCGAAUAUGAUCAAAGUGAUGACGAAAUAACAUCAAAUUUCUUGUUUUUUUGAAUAAAUUGGUAUUUUUGGCGCGGAAGACUACAGUAACCCGGGACUUGUUUGGUGAAAAAAAGGGAUUUUCAGCUACAGUAAUAUUUUGAACUGGAAAUUUUGAAAAUUAGGAAAUUCGCGCUAGAAACUACAGUAACCCUGGGCUUGGUUGGUGUCAAAAAAUGUGGAUUUUCAGUUACAGUAACCCUGGGCUUAUUUGAUUCCAAAAAAUGGGGAUUUUCAGCUACAGUAAUCUUUUGAUCUACAAAUUUUGAAAAUUCCAAAUUUUUGGCACCAAAAACUACAGUAACCCUGGGCUUGUUUGGUGUCAAAAAAUGGGGAUUUUCAGCUACAGUAAUCUUUUGAUCUACAAAUUUUGAAAAUUCCAAAUUUUUGGCACCAAAAACUACAGUAACCCUGGGCUUGUUUGGUGUCAAAAAAUGGGGAUUUUCAGCUACAGUAAUCUUUUGAUCUACAAAUUUUGAAAAUUCCAAAUUUUUGGCACCAGAAACUACAGUAACCCUGGGCUUGUUUGGUGUCAAAAAAUGGGGAUUUUUAGCUACAGUAAUCUUUUGAUCUACAAAUUUUGAAAAUUCCAAAUUUUUGGCACCAAAAACUACAGUAACCCUGGGCUUGUUUGGUGUCAAAAAAUGGGGAUUUUCAGCUACAGUAAUCUUUUGAUCUACAAAUUUUGAAAAUUCCAAAUUUUUGGCACCAGAAACUACAGUAACCCUGGGCUUGUUUGGUGUCAAAAAAUGGGGAUUUUUAGCUACAGUAACCCUGGGCUUGUUUGGUGUCUAAAAAUCCCAAAUUUCAGCCAAAAUCUACAGUAACCCUAGGCUCAUUUGGACUCAAAAAAUGCCCAAUUUUUUUCCAGAAAUGUUCCCCUCCAACUAAUGGUCAACACAUUUUUGGUUCGAAACGAAGUGCCCUAUUUUGCCUCAAUAAUGCUCUCAUUUCUCAUGUCCCGAAUGGAACAACUAGCAGUUUCCAACGAAAAAACGGCACUUUAUGUGAAAUUGUUCAAAAUCAUAUUUUCGGCCAUCGGAACUCAUCAUCCAAAUGUCGAAGGCGAAAAAAUGCUCAAACCAUUUUUGCCAGAUCUCAUCAGACAUUCAACAAUUUUGGCACUUUCAGCCAGAGAGCCAUUGAAUUAUUUUUUGCUCCUCAGAGCACUUUUUCGAUCGAUUGGCGGUGGAGCACAUGAUAUUUUAUACGGGAAAUUUCUACCACUUUUGCCCAAUUUGCUCCAAUUCCUCAAUAAACUUCAAUCAUGCCAACAUCGUCUUCAAAUGCGCGAACUUUUCGUUGAACUUUGCCUAACUGUUCCUGUUAGACUUAGCUCGCUUCUACCGUAUUUGCCACUUUUGAUGGAUCCGUUGGUUUGUGCGUUGAAUGGAAGUCCGACGUUGGUGCAGCAGGGAUUGAGGUGAGAAAUUUGGAUGAAAAUGAGCCCGGGAACGUGGAAAAUGACCAAAAAUGGACCUAGAAACUUGAAAAUUUAAAUUUCCCGCCAAAUUUGACCCCGGGAACUCGAAAAAUCGAUAUUUUCAAGCCUAGAAUCAUGAAAAAUUCAAAUUUCUCGCCAAAUUUGACGGUGUAAACGCGGAGCAUCGUUUAAAACCCGAAAAUUGGGUAUUUUGACCUCAAAAACUUGAAAAAUCGAUUUUUUCACCCCAAACCUGUUUAAAUUUGAAUUUCCCGCCAAAAUUGACCCCGGGAACUUGGAAAAUUCGAAUUUUCAGCUAGAAAUUGGCAAAUGCGCUCUAUUGAGAAUGAUUUAUUUUUCCAAGUUCCAAACCAAAAUUAAAUUUUUCCGUGCUCAAAAAUGAUUAGAAAAAUUCAAUUUUUUUCCCCCCGAAAAAUAGGUUUCAAAAAAUUCGUAUAGAUUUUGUGGGAAAACACUAAACUGGUAGUUUUAGGAUUUUUCUUCGAAAAAAUUUACAAAAAUGCGAUUUUUCCCGCCAAAAUUGACCCCGAAAAGUUGAAAAAUUCAAAUUUUCAGCUAGAAAUUGACAAAUGCGCUCUAUUGAAUGAGGUUUUUUGAAAAUUCAAAAUUUCCCAAUUACCUCCAAAUUCUCAGUGGAGCGCAUUUGCCAAUUUUCAGCUAAAAAUUUGAAUUUUUCAAUUUCCCGGCGUUAAUUUUGGCGGGAAAUUUGAAUUUUCAUAUUUCUAGACGGAAAAUUAUAACCAAUUUUCAAAUUUUAAACGAUGCUCCGCGUUUACACCGUGAAAUUUGGCGUCAAAAUCGAAAAUUUUUGAAUUUUCAUGAUUCUAGGCUUGAAAUUAUCGAUUUUUCAUGUUUUUUGGGCUCAAAAAGUUGCAAAUUUUUAGCUAAUCCUGAAUUUUGCAGAACCCUCGAACUAUGCGUCGACAAUCUUCAACCCGAAUAUCUCUAUGAGCACAUGGCUCCAGUUCGCGGAGCACUUAUGCAAGGAUUAUGGAAAGUUGUGGCAACAUCCACCGAACCCCAAUCAACAGCUGCCGCUUUUCGAAUUCUGGGAAAAUUUGGUGGAGCCAAUCGGAAAAUGUUAAAUGAGCCACAAGAUUUGGAUUUUGUGCAAAUUGGAGAGGUUUGUCUGGGAAAAUGGCUGAAAAUUUGAAUUUCCCGCCAAAAUUAACGCCGCAAAAGUGAAAAAUUCGAAUUUUUUAGACUUAAUAUGAGCAAUGCUAUGAUUUUUGAACAAAAUAGAGAAUUUUAUCAGAUGAAAUUAAUCUAGAAGGUUGAUGACAAUUAUAGGAUUGCUCAUAUUAGGCUUUAAUAGCUCUAAAAGUUUCAAAAUUCCUCAAAACCCGCCCAGUUUUCAAUAGAGCGCACUUGCCAAUUUAAAUUUAGAAAUUUGAAUUUUUCAAGUUCCCUGGGAUCAAUUUUGGCGGGAAAUUUGAAUUUUCAAGAAUCUAGGCCGAAAUUUCGAGAUUUUUCAUAAAAAUUGAUAAAAAAUCAUAGGAUUGCUCAUUUUAAUCUUGAAAAUUUCACCAAAUUCCUAAUGGAGCGCACUUUCAGCUAAAAUUUUGAAUUUUUCAAGUUUCCGGGCUUGAAAUUAUCGAUUUUUCAUCAAAAUUUAGCUAAAGACAUAGGAUUGCUCAUGUUAAUCUUGAAAAUUUCAUCAAAUUCUCAACAGACCGCAUUUGCCCACCUUUGGCUGAGAAUUCGAAUGUUUCAAGUUCCCGGGCUUGAAAUUCACGAUUUUUCAUCAAAAUUUAGCUAAAAACAUAGGAUUGCUCAUGUUAAUCUUACAAUUUCACCAAAUUCUCAAUGGAGCGCACUUUCAGCUGAAAAUUUUGAAUUUUUAAAGUUCCCGGGCUCAAACUUAUCGAUUUUUCAUGAAAAAUUGAUGAAAAAUCAUAGCAUUGCUCAUAUUAGACCUGGAAACCCGCUGAUUUCUCAAAACAGUGCAAUUUUGGCUAAAAUUUUGAAUUUUUCAAGUUCCCGGGCUUGAAAUUAUCGAUUUUUCAUGAAGAAUUAGCUAAAAACAUAGGAUUGCUCAUGUUAAUCUUGGAAAUUUCAAAAAUUCUCAAUGGAGCGCAUUUGCCCACUUUUGGCUGAAAAUUUGAAUUUUUCAAUUUCCCGGGCUUGAAAUUAUCGAUUUUUCAUCAAAAAUUGAUGAAAAAUAAUAGCAUUGCUCAUGCUAAACCUGAAAACCCCGCCAAAUUCUCAGUAGAGCGCGUUUGCCCACUUUUGGCUGAAAAUUUUGAACUUUCAAGUUCCCGGGCUUAAAAUUCACGAUUUUUCAUGAAACAUCAUAGCAUUGCUCAUAUUAAUCCUGGUUUUCUAAAAAAAAAAUAAUUUUUGAACAUUUUAACAUUCCUCAAAUUCCGCCAAAUUCUCAGUAGAGCGCAGUUUCUCAUUUUCAGGAAGACAUUUCAAAUUUUGAAAUUCUAGGCUCAAAAUUAUCGAUUUUUCAUCAAAAAUUUAGCUAGAAACAUGGGAUUGCUCAUAUUAAUCUUGAAAAUUUCAUCCAAUUCUCAAUGGAGCGCGUUUGCUAAUUUUUGCCUUAAAAUUUGAAUUUUUCAAGUUCCCUGGCCUGAAAUUGUCGAUUUUUCGUCAAGAAUGGGUAAAAAAGCAUAGCAUUGCUCAUAUUAAACCAAUAUCGAUUUUUUUCCAGAUUCAACCAACAUAUGUCUCAAUGGAAUUCUCAAAAAUGGGCCUAGACGGGCCUCUUUCAAUUCAUCUAACUCUAAACGAAAUCAUGAAAUUGGCAGUGGAUCAAAUGAAAGCGAGUAUUUCGUCAGCUGAACCGGCAGGUCAAAAUGGCCUUCUAAAUCCGGCGAUCCAGGCUCACGCGCAAGCUCAAGCCCAGGCCCAAGCUCAGGCCCAGGCCCAGGCUCAUACUCCAGGCCAUAAUGUGAUUCCACAUCAUCCGACUCCAAAUAAUAUAAUGGCCGCAAUUGCAAUGCAACCUUUAUCACAAUCCUGCAAAAAUCCACCGAUUGUGCCAAAUUAUGAAUUGCGAAAAGAUUUCAUGGAAUUGGCGAAAUCGGUGAUGUUGAUUGGAUUGGGACCGAAAGUUGUACUGGAAAUGGGGCAGAUUGAAAGGAUUUUGGAACGGAUUCGGCAGUGUUGUCAGGUAGGAAAAAUUGGGGGGGGGGGGGGAAAUGAGCUGGAAAAUCGGAUUUUUGAUGAAAAAUGAGCCAGAAAACCUGGUUUUUGACCUGAAAAUGAUCUAGAAGCUCGGAGCUUUAAAUUCCUGAAUUUUUGACUGGAAAUUUGGAUUUUCCAUGAAACAUGAGCUAGAAAACCUGUUUUUUGACUUGAAAGUGAUCUAGAAGCUCGGAGCUUUAAAUUCUUGGAUUUUUGACCUGGAAAUUUGAAUUUUUGAUGAAAAAUGAGCCAGAAAGCCUGUUUUUGACCUGAAAUUGAUCUAGAAGCUCGGAGCUUUAAAUUCUUGGAUUUUUGACUGGAAAUUUGAAUUUUUGAUGAAAAAUGAGCCAGAAAGCCUGUUUUUGACCUGAAAUUGAUCUAGAAGCUCGGAGCUUUAAAUUCUUGGAUUUUUGACUGGAAAUUUGAAUUUUUGAUGAAAAUUCAGCCAGAAAACCUGGUUUUUGACCUGAAAUUGAUCUAGAAGCUCGGAGCUUUAAAUUCUUGGAUUCUGGGCUCAUUUUUGACCUGGAAAUUUGGAUUUUCCAUGAAAAAUGAGCUAAAAAACCUGGUUUUUGACCUGAAAUUGAUCUGGAAGUCAGCCAGAUUUUCAGCCGAAAUCUGAAAUUUUUAAAAAUUUGAGUUUGGUCUCAUUUUGAAGCUCUUGAAAUUCUCUACAAAAUGAACCUAAAUUUAAAAUUUUGAAAAUUUCAGAGCUUCUGAGUUUUAGUCCUGAUUUUCAGCCGAAAUCUGAGAAUUUCAAAAUUUAAAUUUAGACUCAUUUUGUAGAGAAUUUCAAGAGCUUUCGAAUGAACCUGAAAUUAAUUUUUAAAAAUUUCAGAUUUUGGCUGAAAAUUAGAAAUUAGGACUGAAACUGAGAAGCUUAAUAUUUUUCAAAAAAUAAAUCCUAAGGUUCAGUUUUGCCGGUAAUUUCAGCCAAAAUCUGAAAAUUUCAAAAAUUAAAUUUAGGCUCAUUUUGCAGCUCUUGAAAUUCUCUACAAAAUGAGCCUAAACUUGAUAAAAAAAUGCUCUAUUUUAAGCCAAAUUUCAGCCAAAACCCUCAAAAUUUCCAGAAUUUCGACAUUUCUCGCGCACCCACAACCCUCUUCAAAUGUCGCCGUGAAAACGAUCGAAAAAUGUUCAUUGACACGUUGCUCAUCUUUUUCUACGGUGUCAUUAUUCGAGACGAUCUACGAAUUCAAUACCGUAAUUUCUUCAACUCGAUUUGUCGACAUUUAACUCUGAUCGGAAUUUUGGAAUAUGUUGGAGAUGGUUCGAAUUGGUUGAGAUCUUCAGAAAAUCAGGGAGAAAUUGGAGAUUUAUGCAUGGAUUCAGCGAUUCUCAUCGAUGCAUUGGUUUUGGCGUUUUCUGACACAAAUAAGGAUUUUUGCUACUCGGCUACAGUUGCUUUGAGAGUUAUUAAUGAUACUUGUGCUGCUGCGUUGCCUGAUAUUGAUUUGGUAAGGUUUUUCAUCAAAUUUGGGUCAAAAUGAUACCGAACAUGCCUAUUUUUGGGUGAAAAUUGAGCAUUGCUCAUGUUAAUCUUUAGAUUUUUCAUCAAAUUUGGGUCCUAAAGAUACCCCAUAAGCCUAAAUUUGGUGAAAAUAGAGCAUUGCUCAUGUUAAAUUCUGGAUUUUUCAUCAAAUUUGGGUUCGAAAGAUACCCCAUAAGCCUAAAUUUAGUGAAAAUUGAGCAUUGCUCAUGUUAAAUUCUUGAUUUGUCAUUGAAUUUGGGUUCGAAAGAUACCAAAUAAGCCAGGCUUCGGUGAAAUUUGAGCAUUGCUCAUGUUAGAGUUGUGCAAAAAUUAAUAUGAGCAAUCGUCAAUAUUUCUUGAAAAUUAGGCUUAUGAUGUUUCAAAAUGCUCCAAAUUUUCUCGAAAAUUUGAAAAUUAACAUGAGCAAUGCUCAAUUUUUUAGUCAAAAAUGAGCAAUUUGGUAUCUUUAGAGCCCAAAUUUCAUGAAAAAUUUGAAAAUUAACUAAUUUUUCCGUUUUUCCAGAUGUCCCAAGUGCCAUUUUGUCGAUAUUUAAUCGAACGAAUAAUGAAUUUAUGUCAUGGUCCAGCCUGGUUUUCUCGUUUGGGCGGAGCAAGUGCGCUCCAAUGUAUCAUCAAAAAUUACCCGCGAAAAUUCAUCGAGGAUAACAUUGAGGAUAUAAUCGAUAGUUUGAUUGAGAUUAUUUUGGGUACGGUAGAUGAAAUUGCAUCGGGAAGUGUUGAUUUGGCAAUGGAAUGUCUCGAAAAGCUUCAGCAGAAGUUUUUGGCUCAAAAUGCUCCAAAUUGCGCCGGAAAUUGUCAGAAAUUCAUUGCCGCCUACUCGAAAUUCUAUUUUAAUGGAAGUGAAGAGGUUCGCAAAAAAAUGAAGAAAUUGUUGGAACAAUGUCAGAAGAUUUCGCAAUUGGACACGACUAUGCCUCAAUUUUUGACGCGGUUUAUCGCGUUUUUUGAAAAGGAUAUUUGGAGAGCUAUUGAGCAAGUUUCGUGAGUUUUUUGAGGGGAGCAUUUUGAGCCCAAAUUUGAGAUUGCUCAGGUUAGGGGGAGCAUUUUGAGCCCAAAUACGGUAUUGCUCAAAUUGGGAGCUUUAAUUUGAAUCUAAAUAUGGCAUUGCUCAUAUUAGAAGCAUUAUUUUGAGCCCAAAUUUGACGUUGCUCAGGUUAAGAGCAUUAUUUUGAGCUCGAAUAUGGUAUUGCUCAUGUUAAGAGCAUUGUUUUGAGUGGAAAUAUGGUAUUGCUCAUGUUAGGAGCAUUAAUUUGACAUUGCUCAGAUUAAGAGUAAUGAGUUGAACCUUAAUGCUGAAUUUUUGGAUUGCUCAUAUUAAGAGCAUUAUUUUGAGCACAAAUACGACAUUGCUCAUGUUAAGAGCUUCAGUUUGAUACCAAAUUUGUCUAGGCCCCGCCCACUUUUGCAAUUUUGCGGCAUGGUUUUUUUGCAGGGCUUUAAUUUGAUGUCUAAGCUCCGCCCAUUUUUCUGUGCCCCCCAAAUCAACCGCUUUUUUUGCAGCUUCCUUUCGCUUGCCGAAUCCACAGCCAGUGUCUCAGUUUUAUACGAUUUUCUCUCAAUUUCGCCGCCAAUUUUGAAUUUUGAAAAUAAACAAGCAGAAUGGACGAAUUUUGUUCAAUUCAUUUUGGAUUUAUCACAAACUUCAACAAAUCAUUUGAUGCAAAGACAUGCCUACAAAAAAUGCGAAACGUGUGCCGCCCAUUUUUUGCCGCCAAUUCCGAUUUGUGAACAAGUUGAAUAUUUGAGAUUCAAGUCGUUGGAAUGCCUAAUUGCUUGUUAUAAAUUCACUGGAUUGAUGGAUGUGAAAAGGGUGAGUUUUGAGCUGAAAUUUGGCUGAAAAUUUGAGAAAUUUGAAGAAUUUUGAGCUGAAAAUCACUGAAAUUGAUGAAUUUUGAGCUCUGAAGCUUAAAAUUUCAAAUUUUUGCUUGGAAACUUGACAUUUUCAGAUUUUUCUGGUUUUUGAGUUGAAAAUUCAAAAUUUUCCAUUAAUUUUGAGCUCUGAAGCUUAAAAUUUCAAAUUUUUGCUCGGAAAUUUGAAAAUUUCAGAUUUUUCUGGUUUUUUGAGUUGAAAAUUGAAAUUUUUCAUGAAUUUUGAGCUCUGCAGCUUAAAAUUUCAAAUUUUUGCUCGGAAACUUGAAAUUUUCACAUUUUUUCUGGUUUUUGAGCUGAAAAUCACUGAAAUUGAUGAAUUUUGGGCUGAAAAUGACUGAAAUUGAUGAAUUUUGAGCUCUGCAGCUUAAAAUUUCAAAUUUUUGCUCGGAAACUUGAAAUUUUUAGAUUUUUUCUGGUUUUUGAGCUGAAAAUCACUGAAAUUGAUGAAUUUUUGAGCUGAAAAUCACUGAAAUUAAUAAAAUUCAGUUUUUUUUGCAGAUGGACGGACAUGGCCUAACUGAAUUCCUGUGCGCUGAUCAAAUUUUGAUCGAAAAAAAUUUCGAGCGAUUUGCGAUUGUUGUUUUGAGAGCGGAUUUGAAUCAAAUUGGCGAAAAGAUUAGUGAAUAUGCACAUCGAGCUCUUGGAGAGGUGAGAUUUGAGAGUUUUGGCUGAAAAUUUCAGAUUUUUGAGCAAAAAUUUGAAUUUUCCCACUUCCCGGGUCAUUUUUAGGCGUCAAAACUGCAUUUUCAUGAUUCUUGGGGUAUUUAUGACAAAAAUCAAUGAGUUUCAACCAAUUUCAGACCUAAAAAUGUGAAUCCUGAGCCAUUUUUUACUUUAAAAAUCAAAUUUUCUAGUUUCCCGCGGCUUAUUUUUCAUCAAAAUUGGAAUUGAAAAUUUUUGAAAUUGAGGAAAAUUGCGAACGAUAAAAAAACAUGUAUCAAUUUUUGACUCAAUAUUAUUUUACAUGAAAAAUUAUUGAAACCUAAAAAAUCCGGGUUUUUUGGACCCGGAAAUUUUGAGCAUUGCUCAUGUUAAAUUUGCAAAUUUUGUGUGAAAAUUUGAAUUUUUCAACUUCCCGCCGUCGAUUUUGGCGGUAAAUUUGAAUUUUCCAAGUUUCCCGCCUCAUUUUUCUACCCAAAACCCACUUUCCAGAUUCUUCCCCUCCACCUGAAUUUGCUCAAAAUAGUUGGCCGUGAAACCCUUGAAAAAAUCGAUAAACAACCAGCUGAUGACGUCAUUUUUGAGCCGAGUGAUGUGCGAAAAAUCAAUCGAAUGUUUGAGCUGAAUCCAGAUAUUGUGACGAAAAAUAUGGCACAAAAUAUGAUUGUGAGUGAUUUUUUGAGCUGAAAUUCAGGAUUUUCAGCAUUUUUAGGCCGGGAAACUGGAAAAUUCAUGGAAUUUUGAGCUAGGCUUGAAGUUAUCGAAAAUUUGGCUUGAUUGCUCAUGUUAAGCUCGAAAUCCAGAAAAAUUAUCAAUAGAGCGCACUUGCUCAUUUUUAGCAAAUUUUACAGUUUCUAGGCUUAAAAUUAUCGAUUUUUGAUGAUUUUUAGCUCAGAAAUGCGUGGAUUGCUCAUGUUAGGCUCGAAAAUUCGCAAAAUUCUCAAUAGAGCGCACUUGCUCAUUUUUAGCAAAUUUUACAGUUUCUAGGCUUAAAAUUAUCGAUUUUUGAUGAUUUUUAGCUCAGAAAUGCGUGGAUUGCUCAUGUUAGGCUCGAAAAUUCGCAAAAUUCUCAAUAGAGCGCACUUGCUCAUUUUUAGUGAAUUUUUCAGGUUUCUAGGCUCAAAAUUAUUGAUUUUUCAUGAUUUUUAGCUCAAAAACCUCGUUUUUUCCAGAAUUUCGUUUCAAACUGGAAAUUGGACCCAAAUUUGGCACAAUAUUUGAAUCAUGGUCGAGAUGAAGAACCAAUUGAAGAACCAGGAAUUGAUUAUGAUAAUCUGAAAAAUGAAUCGUGGAAUCAAGUCGAAUCAAUUGCAAUUAUAGUUUCGAUUUUGGCGCGAAUUUCGAAUCCGGAAGUUGUUACUGUUGAAAUGGCGAUUGAAAUUGCGAAAUUUGCAGCGGAUUUUGAACAUUUGUAUUCGCAAGAUGUGGGUUUUUUGGGGUGAAAACUUGAGGAAAAUUGGAUUUUUUGAGCCAAAAUAAGCUCUGAAACUUGAAAAAUCGAGAAGAUUUGAAUUUCUUAUUAAAUUUCAACGAAUAAUUUAAUUCCUAGCUAAAAAUUCAUGAAAAAUUUCAAUUUUCAACUCAAAAACCAGAAAAAUCUGAAAAUUUUAAGUUUUCCGAGCAAAAAUUUGAAAUUUUAAUCUGCAGAGCUCAAAAUUCAUGAAAAAUUUUGAAUUUUUAACUCAAAAACUAGAGAAAUCUGAAAAUUUCAAGUUUCCGAGCAAAAAUUUGAAAUUUUAAGCUGCAGAGCUAAAAAUUCAUGAAAAAUUUUGAAUUUUUAACUCAAAAACUAGAGAAAUCUGAAAAUUUCAAGUUUGCGAGCAAAAAUUUGAAAUUUUAAGCUUCAGAGCUCAAAAUUCAUGAAAAAUUUUGAAUUUUUAACUCAAAAAACCAGAAAAAUCUAAAAAUUUCAAGUUUCCGAGCAAAAAUUUGAAAUUUUAAGCUUCAGAGCUCAAAAUUGAUGGAAAAUUUUGAAUUUUGAAUUUUUCAGCUAAUUCGUGGCUGGCUGGAAGAUGUGACUGAAAUCAUCUCGAGAUUCCCAAAAUCAAUCAUCGAAUUCUUCUUCACAUCAGAAUCCAUCGAAAAUGACGCCAGAAGGCUACUUUUUCGAAGAAUCAUCGAAUACCCGAAAACUGAAAGUCUGAGGAAAUUUUUGACUGAAAAUUCGGAAUUUAUGACGAAUUUAAUGGCUGGAAAAUGUUUGACUGAAAAUCUGGAAUGGCUGGAACCCGAAGAGAAUUUGGCUGAAAAUUCGAUUUGUGACAGAGAGUAUUUGGGAUUAUCACUCAUUAAUAUUGUUUCGAAAUUUUAUCCAGAAUGGUUUGCUGAAAAUGACCAGCCAAUUGGAAUUUUAAGAGAUUUGUGGAAUUCGUCGGAUUUUAAGAAACGAUAUUUUGUUCGGAGCCCCACGGAAGAUGAUUUGAGAGUGAUUUCGGUUGGAAAAAUGAGCAAGUUUAAGUAUAAGGUGCCGAAAAUGGUGGUGAAUUGCUUUUUGAGAUAUUUGAGGUGGGUUUUUUGAGCCAAAAUUUGAGAAAAAUGCUCCAUUUUGAGUUAGAUUUCAUGGAAAUUAACCGAAAUCACACCUGGAACCCUGAAAUUUUGAAUUCCCCGCCAAAAUUAACCCCGGAAACUGUCAAAUGCGCUCUAUUGAGAAUUUGGGGAUUUUUGAACCAAGAUUCAUGAAAAAUGCUCCAUUUUGAGCUAGAUUUCAUGAAAAAUGGCCAAAAUUGGGUCUAGAAACUUGAAAAUUUGAAUUUCCCGCCAAAAUGAACCCCGGAAAUGUUCAAAUGCGCUCUAUUGAGAAUUUGGGGAUUUUUAAUGCAAAAUUUGAGGAAAAUGCUCCAUUUUGAGCUAGAUUUGUGAAUUUUAACCUUGGAGCUCUAAAAAAUCGAUUUUCCUGUCAAAAUUAACCCCGGAAACUGUCAAAUGCGCUCCAUUGCGAAUCUUGAAAAAUAAUUUGAAAACCCGGAUUUUUUAUGUUUCAAAAUUUUUAUAUAUCCCGCAGUGGUCUACUUAACGUCAGUACACAUAAUAUCGCCCACACAACAAAAAAAAACAAUGAAAUUUCAUUCAGCUAACCAAAUUUGAUGAUUAAAAUCGCAUUUCCCGCCCAAAAUUGACCCCGGGAACUUGGAAAAUUCAAAUUUUCAGCUAGGAAUUGGCAAAUGCGCUCUAUUGAGAAUUUGGAGGUUUCUUGGGAUUUUUUGAGUUUUUUCUGAAUACUGGUCGCUUUUAAAGGUUUAACAUGAGCAAUCUGCUAAUUUUUGACCCCGGGAACUUGGAAAAUUCAAGUUCUAAUACAAAUUAGCAAAUGCGCUCUAUUGAGAAUUGGGCGGGUUUUCAAAAAAUUCAAAUUUUUAGCAAACUUGAAUUCUUUGAAAAUUCGAAUUUCCCGCCAAAAUUGACCCCGGGAACUUGGAAAAUUCAAGUUCUAACACAAAUUAGCAAAUGCGCUCGAUUGAGAAUCUCCCAUAUUUCAGUUAUUUUUUAAUUUUCCAGAUGCAAACCGCUCGAUUUCGAAUUGCUCUUCGAUGUGAUCACAGUUUUCAUCGGAAAUUACAUCACCGAUUUUUGUUUUGUUCGCCAAUUUCUGGAAACCGAAAUAAUCCCAAAAAUGUCGUUGGAAUGGAGACGAGAAGCAUUUUUGAAAAUAAUGGAGAAAUUCGAAACACACCGUGAUAAAACUGUCAAUGAUUUGCGUGUCGUCAAAACCAUACAAUAUUUGAUUAUUCCGAGUUUGCAAUGGGCUUUUGAGAGAUAUGACGUGGAUUUGGUGAGGAAAUUUGAUGUUUUUGAGCUGAAAUUGAUGUUUUUUGAGCUGAAAAUGGCUGAAAUUGAUGAAUUUUGAGCUGAAAAUCACUGAAAUUGAUGAAUUUUGAGCUGAAAAUGGCUGAAAAUAUUCGUUUCAGCGUUUUCAGCAUGAAAAAUUCAUCUGGAACCUUUUUUUUUCAAAAUUUUUGGCGCCGAAAAUCUACAGUACCCCUGGGCUUGUUUGGUGUCUAAAAAUCAGGAUUUUCAGCUACAGUAAUCUUUUGAUCUAGAAAAUUUGAAAAAUUCCCUAUUUUGGCGCCAAAUUCUACAGUAACCCUAGGCUUGUUUGGUGUCUAAAAAUCAGGAUUUUCAGCUACAGUAAUCUUAUGAUCUAGAAAUUUUCGAAACUAUUUUUGGCGCCAAAACCUACAGUAUCCCUGGGCUUGUUUGGUGUCUAAAAAUCCCAAAUUUCCCCAAUUUUGCAGAUUGUCGGCGAAGCGAAAAGUUCAGAAGAAGGAAAUGAAGAUGAUCCGGACAAUCUGGUUUCUCGCCUCACAAAAGUCAUCGAUGCGAAUCGACAAAAAUUGAGCGACGGAAUGGUGAUUGUGUUCUAUCAAUUGUGCACACUUUUUGUUCAACACGCCUCACAUCAUAUUCAUAAUAAUAAUUAUAAGUGAGUUAGUUUUUUGGGGCUGAAAAUUGGGAUUUUUUGAGCCCAAAAUCGAGAUUUUUGAGCCAAAAUUAGUUUGGAAACGGGAAUUUUUGGGUGGAAAUCUUAAAUUUUCAAAAUUUUUGGAGAAAAUUCGAAUUUCCCGCCGAAAAUUGACCCCGGGAAGUUGAAAAAUUCAAAUUUUCAGCUGGAAAUUGGCAAAUGCGCUCUAUUGAGAAAAAAAUCGUCAAUUUUUCCCCACAAAAUUUGCAAAUUUAACAUGAGCAAUGCUCAAAAUUCUAUCAAAAUUUCCGGGUCCAAAAAACCCGGAUUUUUUAGGUUUCAAUAAUUUUUCAUGUAAAAUAAUAUUGAGCCAAAAAUUGAUAUACGUACCAACUCUCUCAAAAGCCCACUACAUACCAAGCUGGUUUUUCCUCAAUUUCAAGAAUUUUCAGAUCAUAAAAGUGGAAAAAUCCAUAUUUCAUCAAAUUUUGAUGAAAAAUACGGCGGGAAACUAGAAAAUUUGAUUUUUAAAGUCAAAAAUGGCUCAGGAUUCACAUUUUUAGGUCUGAAAUUGGCUGAAACUCAUUCAUUUUUGUCAUAAAUACCUCAAGAGUUAUGAAAAUUCAAUUUUCCCGCCUAAAAAUGACCCGGGAAGUGGGAAAAUUCGAAUUUUUACACAAAAAUUGGCAAAUGCGCUCUAUUGAGAAUAUGCCGGAUUUUCAAAAAAUUUAAUUUUUUUAACAAACUUGAAUUUUAUGAAAAAUCAAUAAUUUCACCCUUGGAAACCUAUAAAAAUUCAAAUUUCCCGCCAAAUUUGACCCCGGGAACUUCAAAAAUUCAAAUUUUUAGCUAGAAAUUGACAAAUGCGCUCUAUUGAGAAUCUGGCGGGUUUCUACAGAAAUUCAAAUAUUUUUUGCAGAAAGCAAGGAGGUCGCCUCCGAAUUUUCAUGCUUUUCGCAUGGCCCUGUUUAACUUUGGCAAAUCAUCAAGAUCCAACAAUGCGAUUCACCGGCUUCUUCUUCCUCGCAAAUAUAAUUGAGCGAUUUACGAUAAAUCGAAAGAUAGUGCUUCAAGUGUUCCAAUGUCUCACAACAACCUAUCAACAAGAUAAUCGCGAUCAAAUUCGAAAAGCCAUCGAUAUUCUGACACCGGCUGUACCGAUUCGAAUGGAAGAUGGACAUCAGCAGAUUUUGUCGAGUGUCAAGAAGGUUCUGAUUGAAGAAUGUCACAAUUUACCGCAUAUUCAACAUGUUUUGUGAGUUUUUUUUGGGAUUUUUGACUAAAAUUAAGCUUGAAAUCAUGAAAAAUGCUCUAUUUUGACCCUGGAAACGUGAAAAUUCGAAUUUCCCGCCAAAAUUGAGCCCGGGAACUUGAAAAAUUCAAAUUUUUGAGAAAAUGCGCUCUAUUGAGAAAUUGGCGGUUUUCGAAGAAAUUAAAAUAUUCAAAUUUGAAAUGUACUGAAUUUCAAGCUUAUAGGGUUAAUUUUGAGCCCGGAUUCGAAUUUUUGAGCUUUCUAAAAAUAUUUUGAGCUCAAAAUUUGGAUUUUUGAGCUUUCUAAGAAUAUUUUGAGCUCAAAUUUGGUUUUUGAGCUUUCUAGGAGCUUUUUGAGCUAAAUUUUAACUUUUGAGCUUCCUAAGAAUAUUUAUAGCACAAAAUUUGGAUUUUUGAGCUCUUCUGGAGCGUUUUGAGCCUAAAUUUGGAUUUUUGAGCUUUCUAAGAAUAUUUUGAGCUCAAAUUUGGAUUUUUGAGCUUCCUAGGAGCUUUCUGAGCUCAAAUUUGAAUUUUUUAGCUCAUCUUGAGCUUUUUCAGCACAAAAUUUGGAUUUUCGAGCUCAUCUGGAGCAUUUUUGAGCCUAAAUUUGACAAAAAAUCAUAUUUUGAGCCUGGAAAUCUGAAAAUUCAAAUUCUUAAGCGAAAUUUUAUGAAAAAUACAGAUUUUUUAACGAUUGCUCAUGUUAACUGGCUCAAAAUUAUCAGUUUUUCUCGAAUUUUUCCACCAAAAAAACCCGAUUUUUUUGCAGCCAAAUGAUAAUUCGAAACUAUCGUGUCUAUUUCCAUGUUCGACACGAACUUCUAACUCCACUAAUGAAUGCAGUUCAACGUGCUCUAAUUAUGCCAAAUAGUGUUGUUGACGCGUGGCUGACACGUCGAAUGGCAAUUGAUGUUUGUGAAAUGGUCAUUAAGUGGGAUUUGUUGCGCAAUCAAAAGUUGGAAGCACAAGCGCAGGUUACGGCUGAAGAUGCGCAAGAAGUUGAUAAAAUGUUGGAGAAAUUGAAAGGUGGGGAAUUUUGGGAGCAUUUUGAGACCAAAUUUGGGUGGUUUUGGAGCAUUUUGAGCCAAAAUUAGGCCACGCCCACUGUUUUGGAGCAUUUUGAGAUCAAAUUUGGGUAUUUUUGCUCGAAAUUUCGAAAUUUUGACUUUAAAAUCAGUUUCUUGCAAUUUUGAGGUGUUUUGGAGCAUUUUGAGCCAUUUGUGCUCAAAAUUUAGCCACGCCCACUUUUUUGAGCUCUGAAAUUGCGAUUUUCAGUUUCCUAUGACUUUUAGGAGAAUUUUGAGUCAAAAUUUAUGUUCUACAGUAGGAUAUUCGCUGCAAAACCCAAUUUUAUUUUUGAAAAUUCAAUAUUCCUGGAAAAAAGUGUGCCAGGCUUGCAAAUUUUUAAAAAUCUAUAGUAUUUUUAGCCCCGCCCACUUUUCUGUGCCGCGAAAUUGCAAAAAAUCGAAAACUAAGCUCCGCCCACUUUCCUUUGCCUUAAAAUUGCAAAAAAAUCUUCAAAAGUGUGCCAGGCUUGCAAAAUAAGCCCCGCCCACUUUUCUGUGCCGCGAAAUUCCAAUUCUUUAAAAGUGUGCCAGGCUUGCAAAAAUAAGCCCCGCCCACUUUUCUAUGUUCAAAAAAAUGCAAAAAAAAAAUUUAAAAAAAUAUUGGAAAAAAAUCUGUGCCGCAAAAUUGCAAAAUUCUUUGAAAGUGUGCCAGGCUUGCAAAAUAAGCCACGCCCACUUUUAUGUGCCUCAAAAAAUCCCCAUUUUCCAGGCUCAUCACUAUCGGAUAAAGAAGAAACCGAUGCUCCGGCUCAAAAUUCAGUAAAUGCUCCAAAAGAAAAAGAUGAUGUGCUCCAAAAACCAAUUUCCAAUGAGCACGUCGAUCAAAUUGUGAAUAUGUUGGUCCGUUUCUGUGUCACAUUCCAACAAGUUGCUCAUCAACAACACAUGCAACCAACAGCUCAUGAAUUGAUUAAAAAAAGUCAGGGACUCUUAAGAGCCGCACUAAAACCGUGUGUUUGGGGAGAGAUUGCUCAUAUUAGACAUUCGACAAUUGAGAAAUAUUUGUUUGUGCCGAAUGAUAUUGGAACAGCAAGACAAGAUGGACAGAAUUAUCAUAGUGUGCAUUGUACGAAUGCACAAUUCAGUUUGGAUUUGAUAUUGAAUUUGAUUAGUGUUAUGCCGAAAUCGUUGCUUUUGCAGACGUUGAGACCAUUGCAGAGAUCGAUUAUAUCGUGCUUGAAUAGUGGAAUGGGAACGGUAGGGUUUUACUGAGUUGAAAAUGGGGAAAAACCUUGAAAAUUGAGUUUUCUGAUGAAUUUGACCCAGAAAUCAUGAAUUUUGCCCUAGAAUUACCCUGAAUUCAUGGAAAAUUGAGCAUUGCUCAUAUUAGGAUGUUUUCGAGACAAAAUUCAUGGAAAAAUACCCAUUGCUCAUGUUAGUCUCGAUUUUAACCUAGAAACUUUAAAUUAGAUUUUUUUAAAAUAAGGCAUUGCUCAUGUUAGACUUAAAAAUCAUUCUAGAUGUUUUUUGGGAUUUUUGGACAAUUUUCAGCCCCAGAACCUGGAAAAUUGAGUUUUCUGAUGAUUUUUGACCCAAAAACCAUGAAUUUUGCCCUAGAAUUACCCUAAAUUCAUGAAAAAUGACCCAUUGCUCAUGUUAGUCUCGAAGAGCAUUCUAAUUGCUUUUUUGAGAUUUCUGGGUGAAAAUAAGCCUAGAAACCUUGAAAAUUCCAGUUUUUCUGAUGAUUGUUUACUCAAAAACCAUGAAAUUAAGCAUUGCUCAUGUUAGUGACGAGAUUUGGAUGAUUUGGAACCGAAAUUUGAGAUUUUCAGUCUUAAAUUGCACAUUGCUCAUAUUAAAUCUCAAUUUUUUUCAGCUCGUCAAACUCAUCAAUUCCCUUGUCGGCCGGCUUUUCGAAAAAACGCGAUCUUCUGUAAAUGGCUUAGAAGAAUUAGAAAUCUUCAAUCAAUACAUCAGCAAAUAUCUCACAGAUCAAUUCACAAAUUCAAUAAAACACGCAAAUUCGCCGGUUUCCCAUAUCUACACGGCAUUUUCGCUUCUUCGAACAAUUUGCACACAUCAACCUGGUUAUGUUGAUGCAGUUUGCCUGCCACUUUUUGUCAAAAUCACUGAAAAAGCAGCCAAAGAACAUAUAUCGUAUGUUUUGAAUGGUCAAGAUGGAUAUCGAGAAAAAGGAGUUAGUGAAUUGGUUUGUCUUAGUUUGGAAUUGCUUCGACCGAGAAUUGAAUUUAUAUCAUUGGAUAUGAAAAGUGCUAUCAUUUUCAAUGUUUUGGCCGAAUUAAUUGUGAAAACGAAUUAUGAAAAGGUUAUUAAUUGUUGUAUUAGUAUUUUGGGAGAAAUGAUUUCGACGACGGAUUUGGAAUUUACGAAACAAACUGUUAUGGAACAAUUGGUGAGGGUUCAACAGGCGAUUCCAAAGUUUAAGUGAGUUUUUUGGGGGAUUCUAAGGCUAAAUUUGGGGUUUUUGAGCUCACGGGGAGCGUUUUGAGCUCAAAAAUAGGUUCGUAAGCUUCUUAGGAGCAUUUUGAGCCCAGAAUUGAUGCAAAUUGAAUUUUUGAGUUCAUCUGGAGCAUUUUUAACCCCAAAUUUAGGUUUUUGAGCUCAUCCGGAGCAUUUUGAGCCUAAAUUUGAUAAAAUUGGAUUUUUGAGCUCAUCCGGAGCAUUUCGAGCCCAAAACUAGGUUCGUAAGCUUCCUGGGAGCUUUCUGAGCCCAAAUUUGAUGAAAAUUUAGGUUUUUGAGCUUCCUAGGAGCAUUUUGAGCUCAAAUUUGAUGAAAAUUGAGCUUUUCUAGCUCAGGGAGAACAUUUUGAGCCUAAAUUUGGAUUUUUGAGCUUCCUAGGAGCUUUUCAAUCCUAAAUUUGAUGAAAGUUGGAUUUUUAAGCUCAGGGGGAGCAUUUUGAGCCUAAAUUUGAUGAAAAUUGAGCUUUUCUAGCUCAGGGAGAACAUUUUGAGCCUAAAUUUGAGUUUGUGAGCCCGAAUUUUGAUUUUUUGAGCUUUCUGGAUAAUUUUUGAGCAUUUUUUAUCAAAAAUCAAAAAUCUGAAGCAAUAAAAAAUAGGUGAUCUAAACAUUUUCAAAAAAAAAAACCCGGAUUUUUUAUGUUUCAAUAUUUUGUUAUGAAUAAUUAUAAUGAACUAAAAAUGUUCUAUGUUUUCAAGAAGUAUUAACAUGAGCAAUCCCCCCAAUUUUUUUGCAGAGAAAACAAAGAUCUAAUCGCCAAUUUCCUGCCCGUAGUUCUUCGAAUUUAUCAAGUUCACGAAUUCCGAAAAUCAGAAAAUGGUCAACUUUUGUGGGAUGGCUUCUUUUGGGGCCUAACAUCAAAAGACGCAAAAAUUCGCGACGAGUUUCUGCAAGUCUGGGAAUCGAUGUGGCCACAUUUGGCACAAAUUGAUUUGGCUCAACGAAUGAGAUAUAUUCUGACACAACAAGAUUGGUCGAAAUUCGGACAAUAUUUUUGGCUCAAACAUGCACUUUGGAGCAUGUUGAGAAGUGUGGAAAAACGCGCGAAAAAUGGACCGAAAACAGCGAAUAAACAUGUAUUGAUGAUACAUUGUGCGACGAGUUGGAAUACGUUGGAAUUGGCGGCACGAUUGGAUGGAUGUGGAUUGGUGAGAAGAGGUUUUGGGGGGAUUUUGAGCCUGAAAAUGGGGAAUUUGGAGCAUUUUGAGCUCACAAUCGAGAAAAAUGAUGAAUUUUGAGCCUAGAAACGUAGAAACAUUGAUUUCUGAUGAUUUUCUGCCAACAUUUUUGAAAUUUGGAGCAUUUUGAGCCCAGAAACAUCAAUUUUGGUAAAAUGAAACUCUACAAGCUUGAAAUAUGAAUUCACGAGCCAUUUGGGCUGAAAUUUAGGAUUUUUGGAGCAUUUUGAGUCUAAAAACAAUAAAAAUAUGAAUUUAAAAAAAAGGAGCACAAAUUUUCAAUGUUAACUUCAAUUUUGACCAAAAAUUAAGAGAUUAGGGUUAUUUUGAGCCCAAAAACGAGAAAAAUGAUGAAUUUUUAUCCUAGAAGCUUAAAAAAUGAUUUCUGAUGAUUUCGAGCUAAAAUUUUCAAGGUUUUGCGCAUUUUGAGCCCGAAAAAUCAGAAAAAUAUGGAUUUUUAGCCUAGGAGCUUUAAAAAAUUAUUUAUGAUGAUUUUCAGCCAAAAUUUUUGAAAAUUGGAGAAUUUUAAGCCCGGAAUCGAGAAAAAUGAUGAAUUUUGAGCCUAGAAACGUAGAAAAUGGCUGAAAUUAUAAGAUUUGGAGCAUUUUGAGCCCGAAAAAUCAGAAAAGUAUGGAUUUUCAUCCUAGAAGCUUAAAAAAUGAUUUCUGAUUAUUUUCAGCCCAAAAAUUUUAAAUUUGGAGCAUUUUGAGCCCGAAAACGAGAAAAAUGGUGAAUUUUCAGCCUAGGAAGACGAAAAUAACUGAAAUUAUAAGAUUUGGAGCUUUUUGAGCCCCAGAAAUCAGAAAAAUAUGGAUUUUCAGCCUAGUAGCUUACAAAAAUGAUUUCUAAGGAUCUUGAGCUACAAUUUUCGAGAUUUGGAGCAUUUUGAGCCCCAAAACAAGAAAAAUGAUGAAUUUUGAGCCUAGAAACUUUUAAAAAAUGAUUUUCUGAACGUUUCGAGCUGAAAUUUCGGAGUUUUGGAGCAUUUUGAGCCCAGAAUCGAGAAAAAUGAUGAAUUUUAAGCUUAAAAAAAUGAUUUCUGAUGAUUUUCAGCCAAAAAAUUGAAGUUUGGAGCAUUUUGAGCCCGAAAAAUCAGAAAAAUAUGGAUUUUGAGCCUAGAAACGUAGAAAAAUGAUUUUUGAUGAUUUUGAGGCCGAAAAUGGGGAAUUUGGAGCAUUUUGAGCCCGAAAACGAGAAAAAUGAUGAAUUUUCAGCCUAGAAACUAAAAAAUUCUAAUUUCUGAUGAAUUUGAGCCCGAAAAUGGUGAAUUAGGACCAUUUUGAGCCCGAAAAAUCAGAAAAAUAUGGAUUUUGAGCCUAGAAGCUUAAAAAAAUGAUUUCUGAUGAAUUUGAGCUAAAAUUUUCGAGGUUUGGAGCAUUCUGAGCCCGAAAACGAGAAAAAUGAUGAAUUUUGAGCCUAGGAACAAGAAAAAUGAUGAAAUUAUAAGAUUUGGAGCAUUUUGAGCCCGAAAAAUCAGAAAAAUAUGGAUUUGGAGCCUAGAAGCUUAAAAAAAUGAUUUCUGAUGAAUUUGAGCUAAAAUUUUCGAGGUUUGGAGCAUUCUGAGCCCGAAAACGAGAAAAAUGAUGAAUUUUGAGCCUAGGAACAAGAAAAAUGAUGAAAUUAUAAGAUUUGGAGCAUUUUGAGCCCGAAAAAUCAGAAAAAUAUGGAUUUGGAGCCUAGAAGCUUAAAAAAAUGAUUUCUGAUGAUUUUCAGCCAAAAAAUUGAAGUUUGGGGCAUUUUGAGCCCAAAAACCCAGGAAAGUUCUAAUUUUGAGCCCGGAAACCUUCAAAAAUUGAUUUUCAGAUGAUUUUGAGAGACCAGAAUUUGAGCUGAAAGAAAAUGUAUAAAAUGAGCAAUGAUUUCAAAAACCCGGAUUUUUUAUGUUUCAAAAUGUUAUUAUUCAAAACUUCAGCGAAAAAUUGUAAUUUUUCCUAGUUUUCCUACUAAAAUUCUCCAAAAUUGUUCAAAUUUCAGCUUAAAAUGCUCAAUUUUUCCAGAAUCAACCUCCAAAUUCUUCUACUCAAAUAGAUCCACAACAACCGAAAGAAGAACCAAUGGAGCUGGAAAUUCCAGAAGAGCAACCUGAAAUCAAACCAGAUAUUUCUGAAAAAACCAAAAAACUCAAUCAAUUACUGGAAGAGCAAAAGCAAUUCCUAGAAGAAGCUGCGAAUUUUGAUUUUGGCCAGAAAAUUGAGUCGAUUUCGAAUAUCGCAUUCCGAAUUGCGGACACAAAAGUUGUGUCGAAAAUGUGGAUUUGUUUGUUUCGAAGUUUUUGGGAAUCGUUGACACAAGAGGAGAGAUUUGAGAUGAGAAGUGAGGUUUUUUUUUUAGGGUUUGGGAAGGGAUUUGGAGCAUUUUGAGAUGAAAAUUGGGAGAUUUGGAGUAUUUUGAGCCUAGAUUCAGAAAAUUUGAAGAAUUUAGACCUAAAAUGAAGAAAAUUCUGAGUUUUGAGCCCGAGUUUCUAGUUUUCAUGAAAUUUUGAGCAUUUUCACCUUUAAUUCAUGAUUUUUGAAGAAUUUUGAGCCUAGAUUUAGAAAAUUCUGAGUUUUGAGCCCGAAUUUCAAGUUUUCAUGAAAUUUUGAGCAUUUUCACCCAGAAUUCAUGAUUUUUGGAGCAUUUUGAGCCUAGAUUCGAACAUUUCAUGUUAACAUGAGAAAUGCUGCAAAAUUCCAUCAAAAACUAACAUGAGCAAUGCUCAGAAUCUCAACAAAAAAGCAUAGAUGAAAACCCGAAUGUUUUAUGUUUCAAUAUUCUGGUAUGUGUUACACACUUUGAAAAUGUUAUUAGCUUUUCAAUUGUGUUCAAUUCUGCAAAAAUCAGUUCUAGAUCAUUUUUUGGCUGGAAAUAAGCUGGAAAUCUCGAGAAUUACCCCUGAGUUAAAUCACUUAAAUUCAUAAAAAUUAGUUAAAUCUGGGCUCUGAAUGACCCUAAAAUUAUCUUAAAUCAUUUCUUGAAGCGAAAAAUCAAUUCUACCUGAAAAAUUAUCCCCAAGUUACCCUAAAUCACCUUAAAAUCACCCUAAGCUUACCUUAACUUCCCCAAAACCCCUCAAUUUUUCCAGCUAUGCUAAUUCAAUUCAUGGGAAGCGGUGCCCAUAAUUCCUAUAUUUCUGGAGUCGAAAAAUCAGUGCUCGCAAUUUGGCUCGAAACAGUCAGUCCACUAAUUGCCAUUCCAUCAAAUCUCAUCGAAUUCAUCUCAAAAAAACACGAAUGUUGGCAUAUUGGAGUACAAUUAUUGGAGCAUUCCACAUUGCUCAUACCAAAAAUGUUGAAUGUAAACGAACCAUUAUCCAGAGAAAUUACAGCCAAUGUUGAAACCCUGGAAAGUUUGGCGAAUUUGUAUAAGGAGCUCGGAGAAUUUGAUCAAUUUUCGGCGAUUUGGGAUAGAAGAGCUUUUAGGCCGGAAACGAUGAAAGCGAUGCAUUUGAUGCAAUUGGUGAGGGUUUUGGCGGGAAAAAUGGGGAAAUUUGAUGAAUUUUAAGCUGAAAAUCACUGAAAUUAAUGAAUUUUGAGCCUAGGACCAUGAAAAUUGGAUUUUUCAUAGAAUUUGGGCUCUGAAAAUACCCCACAAGCCUAUUUUUGAUCGAAAAUUGGAUUUUUGGCUAAAUUUGACAUUGGGACCAUGAAAAUUGGAUUUUUCAUAGAAUUUGGGCUCCGAAAAACACAAAUCACUGAAAUUGAUGAAUUUUGACCUGAAAAUCACUGAAAAUGAUGAACUUUGAGCUGAAAAUCACUGAAAAUGAGCCAAAAUGCUCAUUUUUGAGCUAAAACACCGUGAGAUACCUUAAAAAUCACGUUUCUCACUUGAAAAAACUCCAAAUGUGAUAAAUUUGAAGCCAGAAGCCCUUAAAUUUGAAAAUUCUGAAUUUUGAACUAGACAUUGUCAAAAAUCAUGAAAUUCUAGCUGAAAUGAUGGAUUUUGAGCUGAAAAUCCGAUUUUCUUACCACAAAAUUGGCCUAAGAAGUGAAAUUUAAAAAGAUUGCUCAUGUUAAAUUUUUUUUUAUUAAAAAUGAGCAGAAAUUAUGAAUUUUGAGCUGAAAAUCCAAUUUUUCAUACUUCAAUUUGAAAAAAAACAUCAGCUCAAUUUUUACUGAAAAAUUUGUCUGAAAAAACAGAUUUUCUAACUUUUUUUUCCCUAGAAAUCCACAUUUUCACGGGAUUUCACAAAAAGAAGCGCGGGAAUUUUUGCCCCGGAGAAAUAGGUUUCAAAAAAUUUAGAAAUUUUCAGGAAUUUUAGAUCCAAAUGUUGGAUAUGUCUUCAUUUUUGUCAAUAAGAAAAAUUUGAAUUUUUCACCAAAUUUUCCCGAUUUUUCCAAUAAUUUAUAAUUUUCCAGGGAGAAGUUGAACUCGCUGGCUCAUUAUUGGAAAAUACAAUGUCACGAACAUUUGAAAUGCUCAAAAUGAAAUCGUUGGCUCCGCCCCCGCCACCAACACAAUUGACACAAAAUGGAACACCGCUACCCGAACCCGUUCGACAUAUCACACCAUUAUUAGAUCGAGAAUAUGAUCAUUGGCAGAGAAUGUAUACGAGGUGAGCCAAAAUGAGCCCUGGAGCUUGAAAAUUGGCGAUUUUUGGUCGAAAAUGAGCCCAGGAUCAUGAAAAUUGAGGAUUUUUGACCUAGAAACAUGAAAAUUCAAAUUUCCCGCCUGAAAUUGACCCCGGAAUCUUGAAAAAUUCAAAUUUUCACUCGAAAAUUAGCAAAUGCGCUCUAUUGAGAAUUUGGCAGAUUUCAGAAAAAAUUCAAAUUUUUAAGCUAGAAAAUUCACAAUUUUCCAAUAACUAUGGAAAAAUUAUGCCAUUUGAGCUCAAAAUUCAUUAUUUAACAUGAGCAAUGCUCAAAAUGAUUUGAAAAUCGAUGAAAAAUUUAAAUUUCCCGCCCAAAAUUGACCCCGGGAACUUGAAAAAUUCAAAAUUUCACUCAAAAAUUGACAAAUGCGCUCUAUUGAGAAUUUUGCAGCUACUGGGUAAUUUUUGAAUUUUUUAAGCCAAAAUUUUAUGAAAAUUGGAAAUUUUGAGCCCUGAAACUUGAAAAUGAUUAAAAACAGGCCUGGGGCCCAUUUUCAAGCCCAAAAGCCUGAAAAAUCGAUAAUUUUACCCCCAGACUCUUGAAAAUUCAAAUUUUCCGCCCAAAAUUGACCCCGGGAAGUUGGAAAAUUUAAAUUUUCAUUCGAAAAUUAGCAAAUGCGCUCUAUUGAGAAUUUGGUGGAUUUCAGAAAAAAUUCAAAUAUUUAAACAAAUUCAAAAAUCGGAUUUUUUCCAAUAAAAUGAAAGUUGAGCUCAAAAUGCAUUAUUUAACAUGAGCAAUGCUCAAAAUGAUUUGAAAAUCGAUGAAAAAUUUAAAUUUCCCGCCCAAAAUUGACCCCGGGAACUUGAAAAAUUCAAAAUUUCACUCAAAAAUUGACAAAUGCGCUCUAUUGAGAAUUUUGCAGCUACUGAGUAAUUUUUGAAUUUUUUAAGCCAAAAUUUUAUGAAAAUUGGAAAUUUUGAGCCCUGAAACUUGAAAAAUGAUUAAAAACAGGCCUGGGGCCCAUUUUCAAGCCCAAAAGCCUGAAAAAUCGAUUAUUUUACCCCCAGACCCUUGAAAAUUCAAAUUUCCCGCCAAAAUUGACUGGGAAUUGACAAAUGCGCUCUAUUGAGAAUUUGGCGGAUUUCAGAAAAAUUCAAAUAUUUAAACAAAUUCAAAAAUCGGAUUUUUUCCAAUAAAAUGAAAGUUGAGCUCAAAAUUCAUUGUUUAACAUGAGCAAUGCUCGAAAUUUCCCCAAAUUCUCCAUAGAGCGCAUUUGCCAAUUUUCAGCUAAAAAUUUGAAUUUUUCAAGUUCCCAGGGUCAAUUUUGGCGGGAAAUUUGAAUUUUUAUGGUCCCUGGGUCAAAAUUGAGCAUUUUUAAUGAGUUUUAGCUGAAAAUGACCCAAAAAUGCUCCAAAUUUCGUUGCAGCUGCUGCUCUGAACUUCUCCAAUGGCAAAAUGUGGCCGACAUGGCAAACGGCAAAGAACUUCAAGAUUCUCGCGAUCUUCUCACAGCCGCUGUUCACAUUUCCGAUUGGAAUGUUGUCGAAGAAUGUCGAAAUCAAAUAUCCGGAUGUAUUCCACCGGAUUUCUAUCCAGAUUACACCAUCUACAAUGCAAUGUUGAUUGUGAUCAAAAAUGGAGAUCCACACGCACCGAAUACGCAUAAAGAACAGAUUAAAAUGGCGGUUCAGGAGGCGAUGGAUGUGAGUUUUUUGGGCGGGGAAAUUUGGAGCAUUGCUCAUGUUAAAUUUUGAAUUUUUCAAGAAAUUUGGGGCAUUUUGAUAUCCCACAAGCCUAAAUUCUUGAAAAAUCGAGUUUUUGAGCAUUGCUCAUGUUAAAUUUUGGAUUUUUCAUGAAAUUUUGAUCUAGUAAACUUUUUAUCAACAUUUUUUACCAUUGCUCAUGUUAGAACCUGAAAAUCCAAAAUUUUCAACCUGAAAACGCUCAAAAUCUUCAUUUUUCAAUUAAAAUUUAAGUUAAUUAGUGUUAAAAGUAAAACUUCGAUUCGAAACCUCUUUCGAAUUUUUAUCAUCCUCAAUUUUUCCUUUAAAUCCAAACAUUGCUAAAAUAAUAUUUCGCACACUUUUUGUCUCCACAAAAUAGACGAAAAAAUCGAUUGUUAGUAGAAUGUAGAGACGAGUAAAUGCGAUUAGAAGUUGAACAUUUGCUGGGAGAUUUGUGUAGAAAUUCUGGAAAUUUUGGCUGAAAUUUGGCGAAUUUUGAGAUCGGAUAAGUCUAGGGACCUGAAUUUUUGGAUUUUUCAUGAAAUUUGGGAUUUUUUGAGCCUAAACAAGCCUAGGAACCUAAAUUUUUGGAUUUUUCAUGAAAUUUGGAGAUUUUUGAUAUCCCACAAGCUUUUUUUUUGAAAAAUUGAAUUUUAGCCUCAAAUUUUGAGCAUUGCUCAUGUUAAAUUUCGGAUUUUUCAUGAAAUUUGACGAUUUUUGAUAUCCCACAAGCCUAAAUUUGAAUUUUCAAAUCUGAAAUUAAUUUUUGGUUUGCUGAAAAUCUGAAAUUGCGUGUGAAAAUUUUUCUGAUUUUUUUUCUAGAAAAAAAAUUUUCACAUGCAAUUUUCUUUAAAAAAAAAUAAAUGAUUGCAUUUUUUGGAGUACGGUAUAGAAAAUUGCAGAUUUUUGAGCUGAAAAUUUGAAAAAAUGUGAUUUUCAGCCUGAAAAUUCUGAUUUUUCUACAAAAUCACCUGAAAUUCAGGAUUUUCUCGAUUUUUAAUCAAAUUUAGACCAAAAAAUACCUGAAAUUCAGGAUUUUCUGAAAUUUUCGCGGCUCACCGGAAAAUUGCGCAUCAAAAAUGCACAAAUCUCAUAAAAUGACAAAGUGACAGUCAGCGAAAUUGCCUGUUUUAUCAUUGUUAAUUCUUGUCGCUUGUUAUUUGCGAUCGUUUUCGUUGACAUGAAUUCGAUGUUGGCGGAUUGGACUUUUUCUGAAAAAUGGCGGUUUUUUGAGCCUAGGGACCCAAAUUUUUGGAUUUUUCAUGGAAUUUGGGACUUUUUAAGCCUAAACAAGUCUAGGGACCUGAAUUUUUGGAUUUUUCAUGAUAUUUGGGACUUUUUGAGCCUAAACAAGUCUAGGAACCCAAAUUUUUGGAUUUUUCGAGAAAUUUGGGCCUUUUUGAGCCUAAACAAGCUAGGCACCUGAAUUUUUGGAUUUUUCAUGAAAUUUGGGACUUUUUGAGCCUAAACAACCCUGGGGGCCUGAAUUUUUGGAUUUUUCAUGAAAUUUGGGACUUUUUAAGCCUAAACAAGCCUAGGGACCUGAAUUUUUGGAUUUUUCAUGAAAUUUGGGAACUUUUUGAGCCUAAACAAGCCUGGGGACCUGAAUUUUUGGAUUUUCAAGAAAUUUGGGCUUUUUUGAGCCUAAACAAGCCUAGAGACCUGAAAUUUUGGAUUUUUCAUGAAAUUUGGGCCUUUUUAAGCCUAAACAAGCCUAGAAUCCAAGAAUUUAGGAUUUUUCAUGAAAUUUGGGACUUUUUGAGCCUAAACAUCAAGAAAAUUCAAAUUUCCCGCCAAAAAUUGAGCCCGGGAACGUGAAAAUUCAAAUUUUUAGUCCGAAAAUUUGCAAACGCGCUCUAUUGAGAAUUUUGCGGGAUUUGAGGAUUUUUUGAAUUUUCUGGGUCAAAAAAUUUUGAUUUUCAAAAACUAUGGCUUGUGGGAUAUCAAAAUUCUUCGAAAAAUUAAAAAAUUCAGAUUCCUAGGCUUGUUUGGGCUCAAAAAGUCCCGAAUUUCUUGAAAAAUCCAAAGAUUCGGAAAUUCUCUCAUAAAAUGAAUUUCUAGAUGCUUUCAUAUGAAAAACGAGCCCAAAAUUGAUAAACAUACAAAUAACUGGUAAAUAAAUUGUGUUGACAUUUUGAAAAAGAGUUAUCGGAUGUCGAUUUGGAGCACAAGCUGAGAUGAAGGACAUGAGCUUUUCGCUGUAAUUUAUACGGCAGUCUGGAAAUGGGAUAAUUUGGGGCUUAAAAUUUUAGGCUUAAAAUUUGGGCCUAAACCUUAGGCUUAAAUUUCAAGCUUAAAAUUUGGGCUUAGGCUUAAAUUUCAGGCUUAAAUUUCAAGCUUAAAAUUUGGGCUUAGGCUUAAAUUUCAGGCUUAAAUUUAAGCUUUAAUUACAGGCUUAAAUUUCAGGCUUAAAAUUUGGGCCUAAACCUUAGGCUUAAAUUUCAGGCUGAAAAUUUCAGGCUUAAAAUUUAGUUUAAAGUUUGGCUUGAGUUUCAGGAGGAAAGUUUCAAGCUCAAAAUUUAGAUUUAAAAUUUACCUUGAGUUUAGGCUAAAAAUUUGAGCCUAAACCUUAGGCUUAAAUUUCAGGCUAAAAAUUUCAGCCUAAAUCUUAGGCUUAAAUUUCAGGCUUAAAAUUUCAGCCUAAACCUUCGGCUUAAAUUUCAAGUUCAAACCUGAUAAAUAGGGUAUCAGAAGUGAUAUAAAAACACAAAUCUCAAUAAAAAAUCCAUAAACAAAAAUUCGAAAAUGCGAAAAUACUUUAGUAUUAAACGGCCGAAACACCAAAUAAACACGAUGAAUUGUCAUUAGAGCGCAAAUGCACAAUUGCCAUAAAUAUGGGCCGGUUGUAGAAAUUGUGAAAUAGGCACCGUAUGAAUUACGGUAGUUAUUGUAAGUCGUAUCGGGAAGUAGGAAACCGGUGGACAUGUUGGCGAAAAAACUGAUUCGAAAGAUGAAGCUGUUUAGAGCGAUUUGGAGAAUGUAGGAGUGGGGAAGGUAUUCUGGAAGGGCGAUUUUUGGGCUGGAAAUUGGCUUGGGCCGAAAAUUCCGGUUUUUUUGGUACUAAAUAAGCCUAGAAUGGAAAAUUUAGAAUUUUUGGUACUAAAUAAGCCCAGGCUUGAACAUUUGGGAUUUUCUGAUACUAAAUGGGCCUAAGCUCGAAAAUUUAAGAUUUUUGAUAUCUCACAAGCCUAGGGGCCCAAAAUUUGCGAUUUUUUGAUACUAAAUAGGCCUGGGCUUGAAAAUUUGGAGUUUUUUGAUAUCUCACAAGCCUAGGGGCCCAAAAUUCGGGAUUUUUGGUACUAAAUGAGCCUAGGCUUGAAAAUUCCGAAUUUUAGAUAUCCCACAAGCCUAGGGGCCCAAAAUUUGCGAUUUUUUGACAGAAAAUAUGUUCAGAGCUCAAAAAUUAGGCUCCGCCCAUUUUUCUGUGCCCUAAAAUUGCAGCAAACCUACUAUCUUUUCGAUUUUUCCACGAAGCCAUCACCAAAAUCACAUCGAAAAUUCCAGAAAUCACAAGGUAGAUUAGGAAAAUUGACUCUAGAAUGUCGCGCAACAACAUUUUGUUGGCUGGAAUUCUGAAAAUCUGAAAAUUUUAGGCUGAAAUUGCGUGACUGACUGAAAAAAUAACAAGUUUUGAGAAAAAACGCCCCUCAAAUUGUCUGGGAAAACAAUUUUUUCAGUUGAAAAUGACGUGGAUAAUUGGGGGAUUUUUGGCUGAAAAUAUCUGAAAAUCUUGAAAUUUGGGUCCAAAAAUUGAACUCUAUUAAUUCCUGGAAAAUUAAAAUUCUAGACUGAUUUUUCCACUGAAAAUCUGAAAAUUUCAGAUAUUUUUCAGCUUCUAGAACCUAAUUUAUUACAAAAAUUCUGAAGGUCCCAAAAAUUUCAGAUUAUUUUCAGCUAAAAAAAUCUGAAAUACUUGAAAUUUAGGUUCUAGUCCAAAAUUCAAGAAUCCAAGCUUCUAGACCUUUUUUCACUGAAAAUCUGAAAAUUUCAGAUAUUUUUCAGCUUCUGAAACCUAAUUUUCAGCAUAAAUUCUGAAAGUCCCAAAAUUUUAGCUCAUUUUUGGGCUCUGAAAAAUUCUGAAAAUCUUGAAAUUUAGAUUCUAGUUCAAAAUUCAAGAAAAAUUCAAAAAUCCAAGCUUCUAGACUGAUUUUUCACUGAAAAUCUGAAAUUUCAGAUAUUUUUUCAGCCUUUAAAACCUAAUUUUCAGCAUAAAUUCUGAAAUUCUUGAGAUUUCAGCUCAAUUUUAGUGCUCUGAAAAAUCUGAAAAUCUUGAAAUUUAGUUUAUAGUCAAAAAUUCAAGAAAAAUUCAAAAAUCCAAGCUUCUAGACUGAUUUUUCACUGAAAAUCUGAAAUUUCAGAUAUUUUUUCAGCCUUUAAAACCUAAUUUUCAGCAUAAAUUCUGAAAUUCUUGAGAUUUCAGCUCAAUUUUAGUGCUCUGAAAAAUCUGAAAAUCUUGAAAUUUAGUUUAUAGUCAAAAAUUCAAGAAAAAUUCAAAAAUCCAAGCUUCUAGACUGAUUUUUCACUGAAAAUCUGAAAUUUCAGAUAUUUUUUCAGCCUUUAAAACCUAAUUUUCAGCAUAAAUUCUGAAAUUCUUGAGAUUUCAGCUCAAUUUUAGUGCUCUGAAAAAUCUGAAAAUCUUGAAAUUUAGUUUAUAGUCAAAAAUUCAAGAAAAAUUCAAAAAUCCAAGCUUCUAGACUGAUUUUUCACUGAAAAUCUGAAAUUUCAGAUAUUUUUUCAGCCUUUAAAACCUAAUUUUCAGCAUAAAUUCUGAAAUUCUUGAGAUUUCAGCUCAAUUUUAGUGCUCUGAAAAAUCUGAAAAUCUUGAAAUUUAGUUUAUAGUCAAAAAUUCAAGAAAAAUUCAAAAAUCCAAGCUUUUAGACCGAUUUUUCACUGAAAAUCUGAAAAUUUCAGAUAUUUUUCAGCUUCUGAAACCUAAUUUUCAGCAUAAAUUCUGAAAGUCCCAAAAUUUUAGCUCAUUUUUGGGCUCUGAAAAAUUCUGAAAAUCUUGAAAUUUAGAUUCUAGUUCAAAAUUCAAGAAAAAUUCAAAAAUCCAAGCUUCUAGACUGAUUUUUUAGUGAAAAUCUGAAAUUUCAGAUGUUUUUCAGCCUCUAGAACCCAUUUUAUUACAAAAAUUCUGAAAGUCCCAAAAUUUUUGAUCAUUUUCAGCUAAAAAAGUCUGGAAAUCUUGAAAUUUGGGUCCAAAAAUUGAACUUAAUUCCUGGAAAUUAAAUUUUCUAGUGCAAAAUUCAAGAAAAAUCCAAGCUUCUAGACCGAUUUUUCACUGAAAAUCUGAAAUUUCAGCUCAAUUUUCAGCUAAAAAUUCUGAAAAUCUAAUUUUCCAGACCCACAUUGCAAAAUGGCGUGCUCUGCCCAAAGUUGUCUCAUAUGCUCAUUCCAAAAUCCUUCAAUCAAUGAAUAUAAUUCGAGAAAUUGAAGAAUCGAUUGAUUUGAGAUGUGCAAUUGAAGAUCCGAAUUCAAGAUUUGAACAAUCACUUCUACAAGAUAUGAAAACUCUGAUAAAAAUCUGGAGAAAUAGAACACCGUGUCAAGCUGAUGAGUUAUCAUAUGUCGCAAAAAUGUAUGAUUGGAGAAUCCAAAUCCAUUGUUUAGUGCUGAAAAAAUUUGAAUAUUGGGAGAAAUUGGGUUUGAAUGUACCGCCUGGUGCUACGAAUCAUUCGAUUUUGCCGAUUCAUUCGAGUGCGCAAGGACAGUUGGCGAUUGCGAAGGUUGCGAGAAAUUUGGGAUGUCAUACGACGGCUAAGGAUGUUAUGAAUAGGUUAGCGGUGAAAAUGAGCCAAAAAUUGCAAUUUUUGGUUGAAAAUGAGCUCUGGAACUUGGAAAUUUGAGUUUUGGGGUGAAAAUGAACCAAAAAUCGCAAUUUUUGCUCGAAAAUGAGCCCUGGAACUUGAAAAUUUGAGUUCUGGGAUGAAAAUGAGCCAAAAAUCGCUAUUUUUGCUCGAAAAUGAGCUCUGGAACUUGAAAGUUCCAGAUGUUUGCUCAAAAAUGACCCUAGAUUCGUUUUAGAGCAUGAAAUGACUUAAAAUUAUGAAAUUUCAUGAAUUUUAACCCUAGAAAAUCAAUUUUUAUCAAAAUUCUAUUUUUAAAAAUUCAAAAAUCCUCAAAAACCCGCCCAUUUCUCAAUAGAGCGCAUUUGACAAUUUUUGACUGAAAGUUUGAAUUUUUCAAGUUCCCGCCGUCAAUUUGGCGGGAAAUUUGAAUUUUCAGGAUUCUAGGCUUGAAAUUAUCGAUUUUUCAAGUUUCUGGGCUCAAAAUAGCUCAUUUUGAUGAUUUUUGGGUUCAAAAUUUCAGAUUUUCAGACAGAAAUUCCCAUUUUUCCAGAAUCGCCGCAAUGACAAUGCUCCCAAUGCUCGAUUCCCAUCAAAAAGUUUGCGAUUACGCGAAGAAUUUGAGAAAUUGGGGAGCUGUAAUUAAAGACGAAGAUAUGAGAAGAGAAGUAUUAUUAGAAGCGAUCGAAUGUUUGGAAGAUGUGAGAAUUGAUGAAGCGACAAGAGAACAAAUUGCUAAGAUAUUGUAUCAAAGAGCAAAUGUGCAUUCGAUGUUGGAUCAAAGACAUUUGGCUGAUCGGGCUUUUAGGUGGGCUGAAAUUUGAAAUUUUUGAAAGAAAAUAAGCCCUAGAACUCGAAAAUUCGAAAUUUUUUGAGCCCUGAAUCUUAAAAAUUCGAGCUUUUUGCAAUUUUUAGACCCAGAAAUUGUUUUUUGAGCUCUGGCACUUGGAAAUCAAGAAUUUUCAGCAAAAUUGAGCCUGGAACCAUGAAAAUUCAAUUUUCAAAUCAAAAUCUUGAAUUUCAAGCAUUGCUCAUGUUAAUUUUCGAUUUUUGAACAGUUGUGCUCAUGUUAAAUUUGGAAAAUCCUGAAUUUAGGUUUUACUUAGCCGAAUUUAAUUUUAAAAAUAAAAAAGUUAACAUGAGCAAUCAUCGUCCUCUUCCUGACCCAAAUUUUUUGAAAAAUUCAAAAGUUCUCUUUUUUUCAGCGAAGCAGCUCAAUUAAUCGAUUUCAAACAAAUGCAGGUGACAAAUGUGACGGUGAAUUUGAUGAAGUCUUGGGCUCAUCAUUUGUACAAAUUGUGUUUUGCUGCAAAGUGAGUUUUUUUUUACUGAAAAUCUGAUGAUUGCUCAUCUUAAACUCGAAAUUUUUCAGCGUAACCGAAGAAACCGUCAACAACUACGGUCGUCAAUCAAUUUGUUGCUAUUUCACAGCGGCUCGCGUCGAUUUGGAGCCAAAAGCUCGAAAAUAUAUUGCUCGAAUUCUGUGGUUGGCAAAACAUAUGGCAAUUUGUGGACCGAAUUCGGCCGAAAGCCUGAGUCGUGUUAUUCGACAACAAUUGCACACGUUGAAUGUUUAUAAUUGGAUUUAUUGGAUACCGCAAUUAAUUACGGAAAUUAGACAUACACCAAAUUCACCAUUUAUGCAUAUUUUGGUGAAGGUGAGCCGAAAAUUUGGGAUUUUUUGAGUAUAAACGUGAAAAUUCCGGUUUUUGAGUCCAAAUUCGAUAAUUUUUGGUCUAACAUGAGCAAUCCUUAGAAAAUAGCAAAAUUUCUGGUUUUUAGAGUUCAAAUUUGAUAAUUUUUGGUCUAAUAUGAGCAAUCCUAAAAAAAUUGCGAAGUUCCGGUUUUUAUAGUCCAAAUUCGAUAAUUUUUGGUUUAACAUGAGCAAUGCUUGAAAAAUUGCGAAAUUUCUGGUUUCAUGAGCCCAAAUUUGGUAGAUUUUGGAUUAAUAUGAGCAAUACUUGAAAAAUUGCGAAAAUUCCGGUUUUUAGAGUCCAAAUUUGAUAUAUUUGGGAUUAAUAUGAGCAAUUCUAGAAAAAUUGCGAAAUUUCGGGUUUUUGAGUCCAAAUUUGAUGGAUUUUUGACUAACAUGAGCAAUGCUAAUUAAAAUUUGAAAAAAUCCUGUUUUUCGGUAAAAUUUCGGCAUUGCUCAUAUCAAUUGUUCAUCAUAAAAACCGUAGAGUUACCGUAACCUGAAAUUCUAGAUUUCCCGCCAAAAUUGACCGCGGGAAGUUGAAAAAUUCAAAAUUUUCACCCAAAAAUUGGCAAAUGCGCUCUAUUUUUUCACGAAUUUCCAGCAUUGCUCAUGUUAAUUUUUCAAAUUUUUAUGAAAAUUAAGCUUAUGAGGUCUCAAAAUGCUCCAAAUUACGAGGAAAAGCUGAAAUCUAACAUGAGCAAUCCCCAAUUUUUCCAGAUAAUUCCAACAUUUCCAAUGCAAGUCUUCUAUCAUAUUCGAGAUACAGUACCCGCCGAACUUAUUGAGAGAGCCAUCAAAAAAGACAAAAUUGAUACGCAGAAAAAUUUGCGAAUCUAUCAAUUCACCGAUGAAACGUCAUUUUUGGACGAAGAUAGCCUAACUCGAUUAAUUCGGCUAUGUUUGAAAUAUCGAAGAAGCGAUAUUCUGGAAUUUGACAAAAUGAUGCGCGAAAUUGAUGAGAUGCGCGAAUUUUGGGUCGAAAAACAUAUUCGCUACGCGAUUUGCCUGAAAAAUGAGAUUUUCGAGGAUUUGGCCGGAAAAAUGGACGCGAAUUUCAAUGAAGUUUGCCUAACUCCACGCAUUUUGGCUCUGAUGAAAGAAUGGUGUCAGAAAUUGACACAGGAUUUGGAGCAUUUUGAGAAAUUCUAUGAAAAUGAGCAAACAUCUGAAGAAAAGCCUGUUUUUCUGUUGUUUGAGAAGGAUGUGAAGAGAAUGUCGGAUGAUUCGAAAUUACCCGCCGAGGAUGAGUAUACGGUAGGAUUUUUUGAUCUACUGGGGGAAUUUUUGAGGAAAAAUGACCCCGGGACCUUGAAAAUCGGAAAUUUUUGAGGUACAGUACUCCCCGGACUCCAAAAAUCCUAAAAAUUGUGAAUUUUUGAGCUAUAGUACCCCCCGAACACAAAAAAUCCUAAAAAUUAGGAAUUUUGAGCUACAGUACUCCCCGGACUCGAAAAAUCCUGAAAAUUAGGAAUUUUGAGCUACAGUACUCCCUGGACUCGAAGAAUCCUGAAAAUUGUGAAUUUUUGAGGUACAGUACUCCCCGGAGUCGAAAAAUCCUGAAAAUUCGGGAAUUUUUGAGGUACAGUAACCUUGGGACCUCAAAAAUCCUGAAAAUCACACAAUUUUGAGGUACAGUAACCUUGGAACCUCAAAAAAUCCUAAAAAUUGUGAAUUUUUGAGGUACAGUAGUCCCUGGAAUCUAAAAAUCCUGAAAAUUGUGAAUUUUUGAGGUACAGUACUCCCAGGAGUCAAAAAAUCCUAAAAAUUGUGAAUUUUCGAGGUACAGUAACCCUCUAGAAUUUUUUUAGCACCAAAAAUUGAUCUACUUUAACCCUACCACCUUUUUAGAUUCAGAAUUUCGAUCUACAGUAUCCCAGAAUCUGAAAAAAUAUAGUUUAUGACCUACAGUAACCUUGGAAUUCAAAAAAUCUGAUUUUUUGAGUUACAGUAAUUUUUUAGUGCCAAAAAAUUUGAUAAAUUUAUGGAUAAUGAUCUAUUUUCCUGAAUACUUGUGAAAUUGUGAGCUACAGUAACCUUGGGACCUCAAAAAUCCUGAAAAUUGUGAAUUUUUGAGAUACAGUAGUCCUAGGAGCGAAAUUUUGAUCUACCAUAAUCUUUUGAUGAAAACUGUGAUUUUUUGAAGUACAGUAACUUCUAGAGGCCUAAAAAAUGUCUGAAAUUUUCAGAAAAUCCCCAAUUUUUUCACGUUUUGAACCAAAAAAUCCAAAAAUUCCCGAAUUUUUUGCAGUUUGUUCGUGAAAUCUCGUCCACAAUCAUUCAAAAUCUCUCCUUACCAACUGAAGCAAUUCAACCGCUCAAAUUUGUCGAAUUAUGCAUUGCAUGGAUCAAUAAAUUGAAACGUCGUGCUCAAACGCUGCCACGUCAUAUUCCUCUCGAAAUCACCAGCCCCUAUUUAUCGCGAUUCUCACAUCGAAAUGGAUGUAUUGAAAUGCCGUAUGAUUUGUUGAAUGUUGUGAGAGUUAGAAAUCAUAAUAUGCCACCAAGUGCUGUGAGUUUUUGUUUUUCGAAGAAAAUGCUCCAUUUUGAGCCAAAAAUCAUGGAAAAUGAGCAAUUUUGAGCCCAGAAACUUGAAAAAUGCUUAAUUUUGGCCCAGGGACCCUUUAAAUUCAAAUUUCCCACCCAAAAGUGACAAAUGCGCUCUAUUGAGAAUUUGGCGGAUUUCCAAAGAAAUUCAAAAUUUUUGAGCUGAAAUUUGAUGAAAAUGCGAUAUUUUGAGCCCGGAAACUUGAAAAAUGAUUUAAAAUAGGCCUGAGGCCCAUUUUCAAGCCCAAAAGCCUGAAAAAUCGAUAAUUUUACCCCCAGACCCUUGAGAAUUCAAAUUUCCCGCCCAAAAUUGACCCCGGGAAGUUGAAAAAUUCAAAUUUUCAUCUAGAAAUUGGCAAAUGCGCUCUAUUGAGAAGUUGGCGGGUUUUCCCUGAAAAUUUGAAUUUUUUAGCCAAAAUUUGAUGAAAAUUGGAAUUUUCACAGUUUGUUCUACAAAAUUUGGAUAGAGCUUUUUGUUUAACAUGAGCAAUCCUCGAAAAUUCUGAAAUUGCUCAUGUUAAACCUGAAAAUCUGUCAAAUUCUCAAUAGAGCGCAUUUGCCCAUUUUCAGCUAGAAAUUUGAAUUUUCCAAGUUCUCGCGGUCAAUUUUGGCGGGAAUUUUGAAUUUUGAGGUAACCUAAUAUGAGCAAUGCUUCAAAUUUCUUGAAGAAUUAAAAAAUUGGGCUCAUUUGAUAUCAUUUUGCUCCAAAUUUGAAUCGAGAAGCUAAUAUGAGCAAUGCUGAAUUUUUGACAGAAAAUUAGGCUUAUGAGCUAUCAAAAUGCUCCAAAUUUCUUGAAAAAUCCAAAAUUUUGGUUUUUUUUGCUCCGAAUCGAAUUAUAAAAAUGCAGAGGCUAAUAUGAGCAAUGCUGAAUUUAUAAAAGUAAAUUAGUGCUUAAAAAAUUAUUGAAUUUUUUUCUGGAGCUUAACAUGAGCAAUGGUAUUUUUAUCACUGAAAAUAAUAAAUAACCUUGUGAGGUAUCAAAAUGAUGAAAAAUUCCAGAAAAAUCUGGAAAUUUGGAUUAUUUGGCCAAAAUUCAGAAGCUAAUAUGAGCAAUCCCGAAUUUUAAAUAAAAACAACCUUGUGAGGUAUCAAAAUGCUCCAAUUUUCUUGAAAAUUUCAAAAAUGUGCCGUUUUCUCCUCAAAAAUCCCCCUCUACCCCCAAAAAUCUCAAAAUUCCUUCCAGCAAAAUCAAUCGGGUCAAUACAUUGCAAUGGUUUCGCGUUUCGAACCGAAAUUAAAAAUCGAAGUUCGCGCCGGCAAUGUUUUGCGUCGUUUCAAUAUUCGAGGACAAACCGGAAAAACUUGCGCAUUCUAUUUGCGAAAAUCAAUUCGCGAACCCGAAAAAACGAAUAGAACUGAUCAAUUAUUCACACAUGUCAAUUGUUUGUUGCAAAAAGAUCGAGAAACGGCUAGAAGGCAUUUGAAUAUUCAGCAGAUGUAUCAGAUUCGACCGAGUCGAAAAUGUUGGGCGAUUGAGAUUGCGGCGAUUCAGGUGAGCCAGAAAUCGAGAAAAAUGAUGGAUUUUGAGCUUGGGACCAUGAAAAUUGGAUUUUUUAUGAAAUUUGGGCUUGAAAGCCUAUUUUUGAUGAAAAAUUGGAUUUUUCAUGAUUUGCGGACCAUUUUGGCUCAAAUUUCAUGAAAAAUGCUCAAUUCUGACCUUGGGACCAUGAAACUUGGAUUUUUCGUGGAAUUUGGGCUCGAAAAACACCCCACAAGCCCAUUUUUGAUGGAAAAUUGGAUUUUUCAUGAUUUGCGGACCAUUUUGGCUCGAAUUUCUUGAAAAAUGCUCAAUUUUGACCCUAGGACCUUGAAAAUAGUGUUUUUCAUGAUUUUCAGACUAUUUUGACCUAAAACUCCUGAAAAAUUCAAAUUUCCCGCCAAAAUUGACCGCGGGGACUUGAAAAAUUCAAAUUUUCUGUUCAAAAAUUGUCAAUUGUGCUCCAUUGAGAAUUUUUGAUUUUUCAGCAUUGCUCAUGUUAAUUUUCUUCCCAUUUUCAUCAAACUUCCCCCACCAAAACACCGUGCAAAAAUUGAGAUAAAAACAUUUUUCUUUAUAUUUUUGUUGAAUGGUGAACAACACCUGCAUUUCUCUGCACUCUCUCAUUUUUCCAUACUAUUUCUCGAUUCUUUACAAAUUCGGGAAAACAAAAAAGUGUCCCGCGAGUGAAAAAAAUGCACUUUUAUGAAGUGCAAACAUUUUUGCGCCAAAAAUCUUCAAGGUACAGUAACCCAGUGGAAAAUUCGCGGAAAAGUCGAAUUUCUAGCUUGAAAAUGAAGAAAAUCGCGUUUUUGUGGGUCCUGGAACGAUUUUUCAAGGGAGGUACAGUACCUCAAUUCAAAACACUGCGAAAACACACAUUUCUAGCCAAAAAUGAAGAAAAUGAAUUUUUCUUGGUCCUGGAGCGAUUUGAAGUACUGUAGAUGAUUUUUAAAGGAAGGUACAGUAAUCCAAGAAUUUACUAUCUACUAUAUACUAAUUGGGAAAAUUUUUUUGGCAAUAGUGUGUCCGGAUCCCGUUCUCAAAACUGUGCGCAUAAAAAUUGAUGAUCAAAAAAAGAAAAAGUUUCUAAAUGUUGGCAGCUCGAUGCGCUUCCUAUUCAUUCUUUCUCAAAAUGUAUGUGGGUGCGCGGAGAAUCAAAAGUUUGAAAACUCCAAUGUAUUUUUCGAUUUUAAAAUGUGUCGCUUGACUUUUCUCAAUUUCCAGAAGACCAUUUUUGAUGGGACCUUCACCAUUCGAUCCCAAAUUCUUUCCCAUCGAGGCGCUAAUAUUCGAUUUUUCAAGAAGUGCGCGAGUUUUCACGUGAAAAUUCAAAACUUUUUUCAUGUAAAAAAGAAUGAUCACGUUUUUAUUCCAAAAAAAUUAAAGGAUACGUUCUUAUCUGAUCUUUCUAUUUCAUUCUUAAAUAGCGGGACAUUUUUUAUCAUUUCUCGCUAUUACUCCACUCCUAAUCGGUUUGAAAAAUAAAUAGAAAAAAGUGAGUCAGAUUACUGUAGAUAAAAGCAUUAUUUGUUCAAACUUUCAGAUGUUGAAUAAUUUCUUUUACAAGAAGAAAAACAAAUAAUUCGAUGUAAAUUUUUGAUAGUGAGUUCGGUGUGUUUGGGAAUCCCGAUAUAGUUAAGACCAAACAAUUAUUGUCAAUCCAAAAUUUUGUGACUCUUGGAAGAGAACAGAUAUGGCCGAGAAAAACAAAAAUUUCCUAUUUCAAUGAAAAAAUCAAAGGGUGGCGUAGUCUAUUUUGGUUUUCUCUUCCACAGCUCUUAUAUUUUCGGAUUAAACAUAGAAGCUUACUCAGAAAAUAAGGCAGAGAACCACCGGAGAAAUAAACAUGUAGGAUAACUUUCGGACAACCAUUAAAUGUUGUUUUUUUUUAACUCUCUCGAUAGAAAUUAUUGGAACUCAAAAUGUUGUGGUUUAGUUUUUGAGACGGAGGUAAAAAAUUUGUAUUCGAAUGAAAAAAAGUACAAAAAAGGAGAAUAAUUUUUCUCUGAAUCAUUCAUUUUUUGAGUUGAUUCCAUAUAUUUUUUGUCCCACCCCUAAAUUCAUGUCAGGUCUCAAAAAAUUCUUGAUAUUUUUUCGAUAGUAAAUUACUCUGUGGGGUUUCGAUCAGAAGAAAGGUUUUUGGAAAAAAGAGAGGUUUUCAGAAGAAAUAAGGAGUAUUGACGAAAAAGGAGGUUUUGAAAACUAUAUAAUUAGAUGUUCAAUAUCAAAAAAAUGAAAGUCAUUGAAAAAAGGAUUUCAAGACUUUCCAAAGAAAUAUUUUUCAUGCUCGAAUUUUGAAUUUCAAAAACCUAAAAUCUACAGUACACUAAAAACCUACGAACUCGAUAGCCCACUUUUAGAGUCAAAAAUUAAACACUUGAGACAAUGAUUCCUAACCAGUGAAAUUGAAACUUCGUGGAAAUCUUUCUUAAUUUUUCAAAAUUGACAACUUUGUCCAUACAUAAAAUAGAUCCCCCGAGCAAAAUUUUUCAGUUAGAGUUUCAGUGAGAGGGCUUUAAAAAAAUUUCAAAGUUAACCCCCCUUCAUCUCAUUUUUGCGCAAUUUUUGUAUUAAUCUGGGAAUUUUGAUGAAUUAUUAGCAUUAUUAAUUAUUAGGUCAAGUUAGAUACCCUUCCCUUUAGAUUUUUGAGAAAAAUUAAGACCCUCACCCCGAUUAUGGGGACCCUUUUUAUGUGUGACUUUGUCGUAUUUUUAGACGAUUUCAGGGAAAUAUUCACUGUAUUAUUUUUGCAAUUCGAGGGAGACGCAGACUUUAACGUGCGCAGACAAAUCUCUCGUCGAAAAAGGGAGAGAAAUAGUGUGUGGCAGACACACAUCGUGUCGAGACCAGCGAGUGUCUGCGUCUCCUCGAAAUUGCAUUUUUCUAUUAGAAAAAAACACAGUGUAUUUCUCUGCAACAGAUUUCAGAUUGAGCUUUGCCUGCAAAUUAUUUUCAUAGAUGAAAAAAUACGGCGGGGAGAUUUAGUUCAAUUUUGCACGUCUCGGGAACCGCCAUUCCACCUGUUUCAAUUGGCACGGUUUUCAAGAAUCAAACCGUUGAAAAAACUUUAUACCUAUAAAAAAAACUGAGCGCGAAGCCGGGACAAUCCAGAAGGAGGAGCCGGCGUUAGCCGGCGUAGCCCUUCUGGUUUUUUUUUAAAUUUAAAAUUAUCAAAUUUCAAGUUUUCUAUGAGAAAAUGCUCAAAAUUCAUCAAUUUUCACCGGAUUUUUUCUAGAAAUUCUCAAUUUUCAGCCGUUUGUUUCUCCACCCGAAUGUGGAAUCUCAAAUCUCGCUGAUCAAGUCGAAAUUGUUCAUCCAAUCGAUAUUUUGAAUGACUAUUUUAUGGGUGGAAUUGAAGGAAUCGGAUCACCGGAUGAUAUUAUUCGAAUGUUUUAUGAGCGAUUUGGUGAAUCGGCCAAGUCUAUUCCACCGCCUACGGCUGAGAAUACUUAUCAACAAAAUCAACAGCAAUAUCAUAUUCGACAUAUUAUUUUUGAGUGGGUUUUUGGGGAGAUUUUGAGCUGAAAAUUGGAUUUUUCAUGAAAUUUGGGCUCGAAAAACACCCCACAAGCCUGAUUUUGAUAGAAAAUUAGAUUUUUCAUGAUUUGCAGUCAAGUUUGAGCCAAAAAUCAUGAAAAAUGGCUAAUUUUGACCUGGGGACCAUCAAAAUUGGAAUUUUUCAUGAAAUUUGGGCUCUAAAAACACCACACAAGCCUAAUUUUGAUCGAAAAUUGAGUUUCUCAAGAUUUUUGAGCCAAAAUGAGCUCUGAAUCAUGAAAAACGCUCAUUUUUGACUCAAGGACCAUAAAUAUUGGAUUUUUCGUGAAAUUUGGGUCGUUUUCAGUCAAAUAGUAUUAAAAAUGCUCAAUUUUGACCUUGGGACCAUGAAAAUUGGAUUUUUCAUAGAAUUUGGGUUCCAUAGGCCUAAUUUCGCUGAAAUUUGAGUAUCUCAGAAUUUUUGAGCCAAAAUGAGCUCUGAAUCGUGAAAAUUGAUGGAUUUUGAGCUUGGGACCACUGAAAUUGCACUAAAUUUGGGCUCUAAAAGCCUAUGUUUUAUUGAAAAUUGAAUUUUUUGGCCGUAAACUUGUCCUAGUUGUAUCAAAAAUCCAAAAAUCCCCCAAAAUACAUUUAAAAUUUGAAACGUAAAAUUGCCCGGGAGAAAAUCGAGCAUUUUUCUGCUCAUUGCUCAUGUUAAUUCGAGAAUUAUUUGAAAAAUUCAGAAAAUUUCCCCAUUUUUCCCCAAAGUUUGACCCCUCUUCAUCAAAUUUCGCGAAAAAUUAAGAUAAACACUUUUUUAUAUUUUUGUUGAAUGGUGAACAACACCUGCAUUUCUCUGCACUCUCUCAAAUUUCUAUACUAUUUCUCGAUUCUUUACAAUUUUGGAAAACAAAAAAAGUGUCCCGCGAGUGGAAAAAAUGCACUUUUAUGAAGUGCAAAAAGUUUUUUUUUCUUGGUGCGAGAAAUUUUGAAAAUUAACAUGAGCAAUGCUGAAUUUUUGGAUUUUUCAUGAAAUUUGGGGGAGAAUGAUAUAGGUGACAACAUGAUUGCUCAUAUUAAGCUAUUUUACGCUUAAAAAUCCUCAGAACCCGCCAAAAGUCUCAAUGGAGCGCGUUUGACAAUUUUUGAAUGAAAAUUUGAAUUUUUCAAGUCAAUUUUGGCGGGAAAUUUGAAUUGUUCAUUGAAAAUAGGAUUGUGAGGUUUCAAAAAGAUGAAUUUCACAAAAAUCUGAAGUUUAACAUGAGCAACCAUGAAAAAUACUGGAAUUUCCUAGUAACAUGAGCAAUGGUGAAUUUUUGAUAAAAUCUAGGCUUGUGAGGUUUCAAAAUGAUCAGAAUUUCGAUUUUUUCAAAAUUUAACAUGAGCAACCUUGAAAAAAGCUGGAUUCAAGGGAAUUAAACUAGAAAUAUUCCAUAAACAAAAUAAAUAAUAUGAGCAAUCCCGAACAUCCUUAAAAACGUUCCACAAGCUCAAUUUGUGGAAAAAUUCGAGAAUUAACAUGAGCAAUCCCCGAAAAAUAAAACAAACAUGAGCAAUGGUGAAUUUUCUAUCAAAAUUAGGCUUGUGAGGUAUCAAAAUGACCCAAAUUUCAUUUAAAAAUCAAAUCUUAACAUGAGCAAUCCCCUAAUUUUUUCGUUACAGAGAUUUCCUUCGUGACGUGGUUCCAAAUCGAAUUCUCUACGAUUAUUUUAUGAUGAGAUAUCCGGAUAAAACAAUGUAUUUCAUGUUCCGAAAACAAUUUAUCCAUAGUUUGGCAGUGAAUUCAGUCAUCGAAACUCAUUGCAAUUUAACACCAAUGACAAUCGACGAAAUCCUGAUAACAGCAAAUAUCGGAACUUUGCACAACUCGAAUUAUUGCUUUGAAAUGCCACCCAAAGGCACCAAGUUAGCCGAAGUCGAUAAAAAUAUGACGCAUGAAGUGCCAUUUCGAUUGACACCGAAUUUCGCCACUUUUGUCGGUGUUGCACAAGAUGGAGAUUUGCAUUGGAGUAUGGCUGCGACUGCACGGUGUUUGUGGAGAAAACAGAUGGAUGUGCUGUUGAAACCGUUGAUUUGGGAUGAAUUUGUGGAUAAUGUUGAUGGCGAUUCGAAGGUGAGAGGUUUUGGGGGCGAAAAUUUGGGGAAAAAUGCUCCAUUUUGAGCCAGGGACCAUCAAAAUUGGAUUUUUCAUGAAUUUUGGAUCAUUUUGAGCCAGAAAUCAUGAAAAAUGCUCAAUUUUGAGCCAGGGACCAUUAAAAUAAGAAGUUAGGGUCUUUUUCGAGCCAGAAAUCAUUAAAAAUGCUCAAUUUUGAGCCUGGGACCUUGAAAAUUGAAGUUUUCACUGAUUUUGAGCCAAAAUUCAUGAAAAAUGCUCAAUUUUGAGCCUGGGACCUUGAAAAUUAGAUUUUUCAUGAAAUUUCAGUCAUUUUGAACUAAAAUUCAUGAAAAAUAGUGAAUUUUAAGCCUGGGACCUUGAAAAUUGGAUUUUUCGUGAAAUUUCGGUCAUUUUGAGCCAGAUUCCUAGAAAAAUGCUCAAAUUUGAGCCCAGGGUGUUGAGAAUUGAAUUUUUCAUGAAAUUUUCGAUUUUUUCAUCAAAUUUGGAGUCGAAAGACAUCCCACAAGCCUAAUUUUCAUAAAAAUUUGAAUUUUUCGCAAAUUUUUAGCCUUGGGCCACCAAAAAUCGGAUUUUUCAUGAAAUUUUAGUAAUUUUCAGCUGAAAAUCAUGAAAAAUGGUGAAUUUUGGGCCUGGGACUAAGAAAAUUCGAAUUUUCACUCAAAAAUCAGCAAGUGCGCUUCAUUGAGCUCAAAAAUCUAAUUUUUCAGCGUUGCUCAUGUUAAUUUUUUAGAUUUUCAUCUAAAAUAAGCUCAUGAGGUCUCAAAAUGCUCCAAAUUUCAAGAAAAAGCUGAAAUUUAACAUGAGCAAUCCCGAAAAUUUCAAUUUUUUUGUGCAGAUCUACGUUUGCCACGCCACCAACACCUAUGUCAAUGGAAUCACCAAAAAAUUGGAAAAUACGAAUGCGGCAGACGCGCGGAUUCGCCGCGACGAUAUUGUCUCAAAAAUUGCGCGUGCCAAAAAUACGGACCAUUUGGCCAGAAUGCCACCAACCUAUCAUCCGUGGUUCUAG